AUGAUUGAGGAGAGCGGGAAGAGGAGGAGAACGAUGGCGGAGAAGAGGCAGCUGUUUAUGGAAAUGAGUAAGUGGAACUCUGCUGUGGCUGACAACUUCACAAAAUAACGUUCUGCAGUCUUUUGAAAGCAUGUUAAAAUGAACCAUGGAAAGAGAAGAGAAGUCGCUGGAUAUUUUAAAGUUUGUAAAAUGUUUAUUUGAAAUUGUAAAACAGAAUGUUUAAUAACAUGGGUUUUUUAUUUUAAUAAUAAUAAUUUUUAACUAAAUUGGUUCCACUUGAGAGUUUUGGGGUGUCACAUUUCAAAGACCAGGGGUGUUUGUGAAGCUUAUACGUUUACACCUUUCAGUUUUCAAAUAACAUCUAGUGGUUACCUCAUCUCAUAUCCCAUGACACCCUAAUGAAGCCUCGGUUGAAUUCUGGGGACGAGGGUCUACGUUAGCUCUCAGCUUUUGGGGAUCCAGCUCCCUCUUCCAUGCUUGAUCCUCAGUUUCCAUCCCUGACCAUUUUCCUUGAGAUACUUGGGGAAAUGCCAUCUAGGAGGAGGCUGCUGGUAUUGCCAAGGGCAGAUGCAAAAAUGAGAAAAGAGAGAGAGAGAGGCAAGGCUCUGAGGCCGUUUGCCAACAUGUCAUGGGGCCUUAAAGGACAGGAUUCCUUUAUUGCUCAAAUAGUGAUAGAUUAUUUUUAAAGCAUUAUUAGGAGAACAAAAACAUUGUUUAAUCAACAUCCUAAAGGCAAUUACAGGAACAGGUUAGUUAAAUGUUCCUGUGAAAAAGUUUGUUUGUUUUUAAGUGUAUGAAUUGUUAUAGUGUUUAGCAGGUAAGAACCCCAGAAUGCACACCUGGGCAAGACCUUUUUGAGGUCCAGCAAAAACACCACAAAUGGUCAUCCACUGAUUGGAGCUGCGGUGGGUGAUUGACAUAGGGCAUGACGUAGGGUUAUAUAUGCUUUAUUGAUGUUUUCACUGUUGUGCCAUUUUAAGUUAUUUCAUAGGAAACGAUUCAGAAAGGAAGUGAAGGAAAUUAAUAGUUCUGACACAGAAUUACCAGCUGUCUUGAAAACUAGGCCAAAAGUUCAGUUGGGAAAUGGAUUCUGUGCCGGGAUGUGAUCCAAGGCCUCUUCCCACUAUAAGACAAGAACUCUCUUGCUUCUAAUUCACAGGGGCUCAGAACUUUGACGUCAUCAGAUUGUCAACGUAUCGGACUGCCUGCAAACUGAGAUUUGUGCAAAAAAGAUGUAAUCGUAAGUGAAAAGUUCCACCCUCUGUAGAAACAUCUUAGAUAAGUGCACAUGUAAAGAUUUAUCUUCGCAUAAACUCCUCUGUAUUGCACUGACUCAGCUCACAAUAAGAACAAAUCAACCCAAACGUUGCAUUGUUUGGGGGAAAGAUAGACAAAAUUAAAAGUGGUAAUGCCAAGCUGGGAAAAGCUUUCUGUGCCUCCACCUCCUUUGCACAAUGUCCUUGUUGUCAUGUGCUGAUGUGCUCCUGUUGAUCCACGUGAGGCACACAAAGACUAGCUUAUAUUUGGAAGAUCCCAUGAUGCGCUUUCUUCUGGCCAGGGGACAAUCUGGUGCUUUGAAGUACAUGCUUGAAGAUCACACACAGAAAACUUGAAGGGCAGUGUUCAGACGGGAGUAAAGUGUUGUAGCUGUGCAUAAACCACAGGGCAAUGUGCAAGAGAGGGGUGUGUUGAAGAGGCAUGGAGAAGGCCGUGUGACUCAAGGGCAUCCUGAUCAAAUUUGCAGAUGACACCAAACUGGGAGGGGUGGCUAACACCCCAGAGGAUGGGAUCACACUUCAAAACGACCUUGACAGAUUAGAGAACUGGGCAAAAACAAACAAGAUGAAUUUUAACAGGGAGAAAUGUAAAGUAUUGCACUUGGGCAAAAAAAUUGAGAGGCACAAAUACAAGAUGGGUGACACCUGGCUUGAGAGCAGUACAUGUGAAAAGGAUCUAGGAGUCUUGGUUGACCACAAACUUGACAUGAGCCAACAGUGUGACGCGGCAGCUAAAAAGCCAAUGCAAUUCUGGGCUGCAUCAAUAGGAGUAUAGCAUCUAGAUCAAGGGAAGUAAUAGUGCCACUGUAUUCUGCUCUGGUCAGACCUCACCUGGAGUACUGUGUCCAGUUCUGGGCACCACAGUUCAAGAAGGACACUGACAAACUGGAACGUGUCCAGAGGAGGGCAACCAAAAUGGUCAAAGGCCUGGAAAUGAUGCCUUAUGAGGAACGGCUAAGGGAGCUGGGCAUGUUUAGCCUGGAGAAGAGGAGGUUAAGGGGUGAUAUGAUAGCCAUGUUCAAAUAUAUAAAAGGAUGUCACAUAGAGGAGGGAGAAAGGUUGUUUUCUGCUGCUCCAGAGAAGCGGACACGGAGCAAUGGAUCCAAACUACAAGAAAGAAGAUUCCACCUAAACAUUAGGAAGAACUUCCUGACAGUAAGAGCUGUUCGACAGUGGAAUUUGCUGCCAAGGAGUGUGGUGGAGUCUCCUUCUUUGGAGGUCUUUAAGCAGAGGCUUGACAACCAUAUGUCAGGAGUGCUCUGAUGGUGUUUCCUGCUUGGCAGGGGGUUGGACUCGAUGGCCCUUCUGGUCUCUUCCAACUCUAUGAUUCUAGGAUUCUAUGACUUAGAAAUGAUGUUGAGAGGAGGAAACAGCCUGCUGGGAGGAAGCUCUCUCUCUCUGUGUGUGUGUAAUUGGACUCUCUGGCACUGAGCAUGUUCUUGUUAGUUUGGAAAUGUCACAGGAAGAGUCUGUUGGGCAGGGUCACGUGGCAGAGAGAAGAAUGAGGAGGCUUCUUCCAGACAGCCAGUAUUUUGUGGGAGAGAUGGAGUGGCAUCCUGGGAAAUUCAGGUUACACAAUUAAAGCGGGCUUGGGCUGCCUGAGCAACAAACCCCUGCUCCUCCCAGAAAGUGCAGAAUAACAAUCGCUCGACACAAAAGAAUCAGAACAACUCGCUCAAUAGACAGAGGAUGCCGUGUAACCAAAUCAGGAUGAGUGCUCAAUCAACAUGUCAUCUGGAAGUCACCUAAGCGAUAAAAAAAAAGCAGCAGAGAAUCGUUCCUAGAGAAUGCAAGGGCCAUGGCAAGAUCAUCAUGUGGCGUGGCCGUAUUUGGGGUAGAAAGUAAAGGGUUGGGGCCCUGAUCCAGUGGAGCUGAAAGACCCUACCCUGCCCUCCUCCAUGUCGAUCAUUAGAGAGUGUCACACUUCAGAGAGAAGUGUUGUGUUUUUUCCUGCCAUCCACACCCCACCCUUGGGUGGUUGGCCCAUCCUCCAUCUCCCCCCCCCCCACUCCAUGCAAGGGGGCAGUCGCUUGCUUGCUUGCUUGCAAGCAGAGUUCAGUGGACUAACAGCCCCCCCCCCCCGCCCUCUCCACCCUUCCCUGUUAGAAUAAGGAAAGCCUGGCUGUUCUCAAGGGGCUUCUCUUUGUGUUUUGCCACCAGGGGCUGCUGUAUCUGUGGAAACAGCACUAUGGGGACAUCUGGUAAUGGGAAAACAAGCAAUUGUGGCUUAGCUUUAGGUUUACCAAGCAAGGGAACUGCGUUUGGGGGAGGCAGGCAGGCAGCAACGCCCAGUUAUUGAAUCCAGACAAGAUGCUGUAUUUGCAACGUCUGGCCUUGUUUAGUGCGACCAAGAGGGGAGGGGUGCCACUCACCUUACUGGAUUUCUGUCCUGUUUCCUAGCCAAAAUGCACCCCCCAAAGUUGAUGCAAUGCAUCCUCAGUCUGCCAAAAUAUACUUCUGCACGUGGCCACGCUCAUGCUGCCUCAGUGCUGGGGCCAAGGAGGCUGGUUGUUGGAGGCUGGCUGGGGGUGGUGAGGGGCUGCAGUUUCUCCCCACACCACUUCUUCCUCAGCCAGGCUUUCCCCUCUUCCUUGUGUACUGAUAAGGCAAGCGCAAGUCUACACCCAACCCUGGACAGCCAGCCACAAAGAUUGGCCAUGUAAACUGAAUUUCAGUCUUGCAACACCAAGUUAAGAUUGUGAAUAGAAAUGCCCAGAUAAUCAUGGAGCCUCAGCUCUGGCAGAACCCCUGGAGAAAGCUGGCAGAGAGCAGCUUGACUCUGUUGGCUGAAGAGUUAGCAGAAUGCACAAAGACUCAUAAGAGUUGAAGGGACCCAAGGGGUCAUCUAGUCCAACCCCCUGCAAUGCAUAAACUGCAACUAAGGAAUCCCCAACAGAUAGGAUAGCCGUCCAGCCAGCCACCCACAUGAGCUGUGCCUGUAGAAGGAAAUUCCUGGAAACGUCGCUGUGUUUUACGGUAGGGAUGCUUCAUAAAAACGCAGCCAAACUUGCAUCAGUUAGGAGUAAAACUUGUCUUUCCCCUUUCCCUUCCAGUUCACCUUGUGGAUAUCUGGAAUAUGAUUGAAGCCUUCCGAGAUAAUGGCCUUAACACAUUGGAUCACAACACGGAGAUCAAUGUGUCUCGAUUAGAAACCAUCAUUUCCUCCAUCUACUACCAGCUGAACAAACGCCUUCCUUCUACUCACCAGAUCAGCGUGGAGCAAUCCAUCAGCCUUCUCCUCAACUUCAUGAUAGCAGCAUAUGACAGGUCAGGGGCUUCUAUCUCCUCCAGGCUGCGUUGCUUCCCGGCAGCCAUUGUGUGGGCUGGGGCAGAGCCUGAGGCCUUGGGCACCCCUGGGCUAGAGCAGGCUUUGGCCCUUGACAGAGAAUCACACCCGCGUUUCAUCCUCAGAGCCCUUCUUUGAGCAAGGUGGUUUAUCCCCCUGUGGUGUCUCGGUGUUCCUUCAGGCUGCAGAUCCAGACAGAUUUGUGAGCUCAUGUGCUGUAGUCAUCUGCUCUGUCAGCAAUUAAAAACGGAGCGAAUGUUCCUGCUGCAAAGUGAGCAUGGGCCUAGGACGUGACCCUGCAGCACACACACACUUCACACCCUGUUGCUCAGUUUUGGAUUCCGCACACCAAGAAAUCUGACCAGUUGAAAGGUUAUAGAGGGUGAUGGGGGUUUUUCCACCUGAAUGUGUGGAUCCAAAAACUACAUUUUUUAAAUGGCGCAGUCCAAUUCCAUGAGGCUAAAAGGAGCCUUCCUCGCAACCUCUCUCCAAAGGUGCCUUUACACAAGCUGCUGGGGGCACGGAAAUUGCUGCAGCGGUUGUUGCAAAAGGCUGGCUCAGACUAACGUUUCCCCAUGGAGUUGCACACCCAAGUCACGCGUUCUGUGCUACUGCAGGGGAGAGCAUGUUGAACCCAAUUGUGGGUACCAGCCCCACCCCUUCCUAGUCCCUUUGGCCUCUUUCCUUGGGGCUGAAUAUGAAGGUGAAGCAGCAGUUUCACGUGUGAAUCUCCAGUAGUCAACCUCCAUAUCCCCAAUUUUAGGCCGUUGUGGAGCAAUGUGUAAGCCUCUAAUCCCAGCCAAGAGCAGGAGAGCCAAAAACUCCUCAAGAUAGGCUUUGCUUCAUUUCACCUGGCUGGCAGCUGUUGACGUUUUUCUGCUGUGCGUGUUGGAACAGUGUGCGCUCUUGGGCAAGAGAGAUGGAAAACUUGGUUUUACUGGCAGGGAAGACUCUGCUGGUGUUUUGGCUGGGAGCUCUCUGUCUUUCUGCAGCUGCCCUCUCAGGUAGAAUCUACUCCUCUUCCUCCUCAAUGGUUGCAGUUGGGAGGCAGAAGACUUUGUAGACCAGAGGAGGACAAGUUGUGUCGUGAUGGAAGUCCACUAACGUAUCACAGGAUCUGUUUACUUAAUAUUUUGAGACUUGGGGGCUGAUAGCAUCCUUGGGAGUCCCUUUUCCUUUAUAGCCAUCCUGUGUGUACAAAGUAGCCCAGUCAGUACAGAAGCGGCUUCUCUUACCAGAAGACCUCUUGUUUUGCUCAGGGGGAAAGCAUUCUGUCAUCCUCUUAGGGUAAUGGCGUGUCAAUCAGCUGAGGACCUUUGUGCAUCUUCGUUCUGCUAGGAGUGUUUAAAAAGCAUGUCCCUUUCCUUUAUGGCAAUAGAAUCACGUUUGACAGCAUGGAUGCAGGCAAAAACAUCUCAGCACAUCUCAUUAUUCCGAUAACCUCUGUUGGGCACAGCUAACGGAGGCCUCUCUCUCUCUCUCUCUGCACACACACACACACACACACACACACACACACACACACAUUGCAUAAGAUGUUCCACCCCAUGACCAGCCAGGAAAAUGUGUGGCAAUUUUCUUUCUUGGACACUUUCUGAAUGUUGCUCUUGUGUUGUCCUGCUGAAUAAUUUGUGUCUGUGCAUGAAUGGAUCAUAGACUUGCUCCUGUCACAACGUGCAACGUCUGGGUUGCAAGCUGCCUUGAGCAUGGUUUUAGCUUUGGAAAAGGCAGCAUAAAAAUAAAAAGAUUGAUUGAUUGAUUGAUUGAUUGAUUGAUUGAUUGAACUGCAGUUUUGUUUUGUUUUUUACAGUGAGGGCCACGGAAAGUUGACGGUGUUUUCCAUAAAAGCCAUGUUGGCAACCAUGUGCGGUGGGAAGAUUCUGGACAAGUUGAGAUGUGAGUAUUUUAAGGAGAUAAUUCGGGGUAGGCGGAAGGAUACUGCAUAAUACUGUCCUUAAAAGGGAAAAAAAAUGGCCACCCAUCAGCUGCAGAAGCUAUCCUUUGCUUUGUGUUCUUCUGCUUACCUGUUCAGUAGCAAGAACGCAGGAAGAGUCUACUGAAUCAAGUUCCUGGAUCAGACCCUUGUCCACAAGUAUCACUGGAGUUAGGUGAGAACGAGAAAAACGUUUCUCUGAAGACUUGAGGCUCAGCUGAGAGUAGAAAUGUGGGGCAGGGGAGAGUGCCUGUCAUUUCUCCCCUUGGUCUUGCCUGCUGGAAGGCCUGGCGCUGACUGGGAACACUUUUGGGGGUUUCCCUGGUGAAUGGGAGUCAGCUGUUCUCCUGCUCUGGGCAGGCCUCUCUUCUGCUGCCUUGGCUGCCGCAACCCUUCACUUUUCCCAGUUCCAGCCCACCAGAGUUUCUCUUGUUGUCAUCUUCCAUUGGACGCCCUCCUAAGCCUCUUUCGCCCGCCGGGGACUUGGCUCUGCUUUCUCCUGCCAAUCCCUGAGUGUCCUUUUGCAAAUAACUGACUCUGCCUGCUCAGUUUGUGGCACACCUGCUAGAGAGCAGUACUUGACUUGGUUCCUAACACCUUGCUGUCCUUGGGUGUGUAUAAAUAACUUCUUCCUGGCUGUGGACUAGGAGUUCCAGUAGGCACUGCAGGCAUCAUUUUUUAUCCUGGGCUUUCUGUUCCCCCCACCCCACUUUAAAAUAAAAUUAAAAUACAAUGCAAGGGGUAAAGGGGCCCCUGACCAUUAGGUCCAGUUGUGGCCAACUCUGGGGUUGCGGCUCUCAUCUCGCUUUACUGGCCGAGGGAGCUGACGUACAGCGUCCGGGUCAUGUGGCCAGCAGGACUAAGCCGCUUCUGGCGAACCAGACCAGCGCACGGAAACGCCGUUUACCUUCCCGCCGGAGCGGUACCUAUUUAUCUACUUGCACUUUGACAUGCUUUCAAACUGCUAGGUUGGCAGGAGCAGGGACCGAGCAACGGGAGCUCACCCCAUCAUGGGGAUUCGAACCGCUGACCGUCUGAUUGGCAAGCCCUAGGCUCUGUGGUUUAACCCGCCGCGUCCAGCAAUACUGUGGUGCUAAUUUUCUCUCCAAGAAUAAAAUUCCCACGCAGGGUCAGCCUGAAACGUUUUGAUGCCUGGGGUUCAAAAUCAGGCUGAUCUUCCCUCUCCUCUUUUCCUAGCAUUGAAAACAAUUUCACGUUGGAUAACUGCUGACUCAGCUGCCCUUCAGCAGCACUCAAGAUCUGCUUCCUCGCGCUGCCUGACGGUCAGGCUGGAUGCCUCUCCUUGAACCCCUCUUUGGGCUUUUCUGGCACCCCGUGAGCUCACGCUGCCCCUCCAGACUGGAGCUUCUGUUUCGGUGCUUCUUGAGAUCAGAGGCGGCCAGGGAACAAGGCUGACUGGAUCAGGCGGUGGCCAUGGGCUGUCCAUCUGAAGUACUGGUCAAAAGGAGCCUUGUUUUCUGCUCUGGCUGGGUGUGCUCUUGAUGUUCUAUUUCCACUAUGUCACCCACAAUUUGUCUCCUUAACCAGCAGACAUCCUGGCUUCUCUUUGCCCUGAUCAACUUUCCUCGCUCUCUUACAGUCCUUCUGAUUGUAGAACCUACAGGUUCCUGGCUUGCUGCUUACUAAUUUCAUGAAAUGUAUACACCACUUGAGUGUCAAAAACCUCAAAGGGGUCUACAAAAUUAUAAAGCCAUAAAAUAAGGAAAAAAUUACAAUACAGUGGUACCUCGGGUUACGAACAGCCUAGUUAACUAACUUUUUGGAUUACGAACACUGUUUUAUUUAUUUUAUAGUACAGUACAUUGAUUAUUGCUUUCAUUUUAUGGAUCAGUUGUCUUGUUAGAUAGUAAAAUUCAUGUUAAAUUGCUGAUUUAGGGGUUGUUUUUAAAAGUCUGGAACAAUUAAUCCAUUUUGCAUUACUUUCUAUGGGAAAGUGUGCCUUGGUUUAAGAACGGGCUUCCGGAAUGGAUUAAGUUCAUAAACCAAGGUACCACUGUACAUUAAAACAUAUAAGAAGUUAGCAGAUUAAAAUUCACACCGGUAUUUCUAAGCAUCUGGGUAGGUUUGUCUAAACAAGAACGUUUUGGCGGCUAGCGUGCAGAAGGUCCUUUUUCUUCAUCCUCCUCCUUCAUAGAAGAAGUGUUGGAGUUGGCUUGUCUUUCUCCUCCCCUCCACCACCAGCAGAGCCAAGAUGCUUCACCAUCGUCACCUUGAUCCUUCCACAUGUGGAGCACCUUUUCUCAAAGCUUUGUGCACUGUGCUUUCAGGACUAUUUGGCGUUCUGAUUUCCUCUUAACUUCAUUCUAGAUACAGGCAAAUAGUUCUUCCAUUCUCCACUCAAGCACUGCUGUGUUAGGUUGGCUUGCUUUAAACCUUUUAAGAUUCAUGGUUAAUUCCUUUCUGCCACACCUCCAGGACUACUUGAUAGAGUGCAGCAAAGGAUUAAGAAUGCAAGUCCCUUUUUUAAAAGAAGUUUAGAAAUCUUGCUAAAGGUGUUAUCCCCUCCUCCAAGAAGAAAUUGGCCUGUCAUGUUUAGAGGGAAAUUCUCUGUGCACAGAAGACAAAAAGUCACUUGGGUUUUUUUGGGGGGUGGGGGUGGUAAAAAGGUAUAGACGAAGAACAUAAGAAGAGUUUGCUGGAUCAGACCAGUGGCCCCUCUAGUCCAGCCUACUGUUCUCCCAGGGGCCAGCCAGAUGCCUGUGGAAAACCCACAAGCAAGACCUUAACACAAGAGCACUUUUCCCUCUAUGGUUUGCAUGCCUGUCUCUGGCUGUUCAUGACCAAGAGUCAUUGACAGCCUCUUUAAAGUUGUGUGGUGCAUACAUUGCCCCCCGCCCCGGAAAUAAUUUAAAAGUAGAUGUAAUUGUUGUGUCCUUUCCACAAGGGCAGCGUUUACAGUUAAUCCGAAUUUGAUUUGCGUUUUUUUUAGAUAUCUUCUCUCAGAUGUCGGAUUCCAACGGCCUGAUGAUAUUUUCAAAGUUUGACCAGUUUCUGAGAGAGGUUCUCAAACUUCCCACAGCUGUGUUUGAAGGGCCUUCCUUUGGGUACACGGAAAACUCUGUGCGGACGUGUUUCUCCCAGCAGGUAAAGUUUUUGAAAGGGGAAGGUUUGGUGGAGAUCCUGUGCUAAAGGCUUUCUGUGCUGCUGUUGCUUCUUCCAAAGGAGCCUCCAAGCUGGAGUCCAGUAGAAGAGGCAAUACAGCUGAAGUUCCCCUGGGAACUCUGCCUUGUUCUGGGAUCAGUUUAAGCUACCUGAUUAAAUCAACAUGGAGCACAAGUGUAAGAGACUUAGAAAAUAAUAAAAAUCACACACACGCAUUUGGUCUACAGCUGGGGGUAACCAAAGCAGGUCAGCUCUGUGAGAAGGCGCUCAGAUGGAUGGCGGCUAACAGAUUGAGGUUAAUUCCUGACAAGACAGAAGUACUGUUUUUGGGGGACGGGGCGGGCGGGUGUGGGGGACUCCCUGGUCCUGAAUGGGGUAACUGUGCCCCUGAAGGACCAGGUGCGCAGCCUGGGAGUCAUUCUGGACUCACAGCUGUUCAUGGAGGCGCAGGUCCAUUCUGUGUCCAGGGCAGCUGUCUACCAGCUCCAUCUAGUACAUAGGCUGAGACCCUUCCUGCCCGCGGACUGUCUGGCCAGAGUGGUGCAUGCUCUGGUUAUCUCCCGCUUUGACUACUGCAAUGCACUCUGUGUGGGGCUACCUUUGAAGGUUGACCCAGAAACUACAAUUAAUCCAGAAUGCGGCAGCUAGACUGGGGACUGGGAGCGGCCACCAAGACCAUAUAACACCGGUCUUGAAAGACCUACAUUGGCUCCCAGUACGUUUCUGAGCACAAUUCAAAGUGUAGGUGUUGACCUUGAAAGCCUUAAACGGCCUUGGUCCUGUAUACCUGAAGGAGCGUCUCCACCCCCAUCAUUCUACCUGGAUACUGAGGUCCAGCGCCGAGGGCCUUCUGGCGGUUCCCUCAUUGCGAGAAGUGAGGUUACAGGGAACCAGGCAGAGGGCCUUCUCGGUGGUGGCGCCCGCCCUGUGGAACUCCCUCCCACCAGAUGUCAAAGAGAAAAAUAACUACCAAACUUUUAGAAGACAUCUGAAGGCAGCCCUGUAUAGGGAAGCUUUUAAUGUUUAAAAGAUCAUUGUAUUUUAGUGUUCUGUUGGAAGCCACCCAGAGUGGCUGGGGAAACCCAGCCAGAUGGGCGGGGUAUAAAUAAUAAUAAUUUAUUAUUAUUAUUAUUAUUAUUAUUAUUAUUAUUAUUAUUUAUUUCUCCUGGAAGGAAGUGAUCAAUGGGAGCUAAUGGUAAACCUUGGCAGGGGGAGGGAGAUUCCAGGCAGACGGUGGCUUUUAACUGGAGAUCUGACCAUGACCUGGAAGGGGCAUUGAGCUUGAGGGAGCCGUCCCAAUACUCUGCACCCUACAGCCAUUUCAAGCUAAAACCACUACUGGAAGGAGAAGGUGAAAGGACCUGGAGACUCUCCCUGCUGCUCUUUAUCUGAGAUGCAGGGAGCUCUCCUGAAAGGGCAGCAGAGUGAGGGAGCUUCCAAAGAGACAGGGAACCCAGGGCAGGAGCCUGGAAGAACAUGGCAUGCAGGGGAAUCAGGAGGCACCCUGUGCCAUUGCAACUGAAACCUAGAACUGAUACCAAGCUCUUCCCAUAGAGGGGAGCUGUGAGUUGUCCACAGAAGAGACACUCCACCCACUGUCCCACAGGAUGCAAAGGGGGCUCUCCCUCAGGAGGAGGGGGCAGGUUGUGUGGUCAAACGAAUCACAGGCAGUUUCUUUCCUUCCCGGGGUGCACGUCCAAGGUGUGAGGAGGAGGUUGCCACAAUCACUCAAGCCCACAAACUGCAUCGCCUGUUCCUUCCGACUGAUCCUGGUGGGAAGGGAUGAUGCAGCCUGGAGAAGUCUCAUAUGGAUCCCUGUGAGGCUGCAGAGAGGAAAGUGCCCAGUUGAAGACAAAGAGAUGUCCUCUGGGUUCUGCUGAAGUUAGUUGCAUUUCAGCCCCAGUAAAAUACAGUCACACCUCAUGUUACGUUUGCUUCAUGACACGUUUUUUCAGGUUAUGUCCCGCGGCGACCCAGAAGUACCAGAAAGGGUUACUUCCGGGUUUUGCCGCUCCCGCAUGCGCAGAAGCACAAAAUGACGUCACGUGCAUGCGCAGAAGUGGCGAAUCGCAGCCCGCACGUGCACAGACGCGCCGCUGCGGGUUGCGCUCUUUUCAUGUUGCGAACGGGCCUCCAGAACAGAUCCCGUUCGCAACCAGAGGUACCACUGUAAAUGGGGCAGAAGCCUUGACAGGCUAAGGCUGCUAGUCUAACCAUGCCUACUUAGAAAAUCUAUCCAUCUAUCAAUUGAUCUAGUAUCCCACACCUCCUCCAAUGGAGCCCAGAGUGGCCCUAGUUUACUCAUGGUUUAAGUGGAGUCAGGGUUGAAGGCUGUGUAACAGCCCUGAGUUACUUCUGUUCCUGCUGCUACACCUGACUGUGGUUCUUCUGCGAAAGAUUGCAAAGUCUCGUGGGACCUUGAAGACCUAUAGAUGCACCGUAGUCUUUCGGAUGCCACAGGACAUUUUCCUGUCAUUCUGCAGCAGAAUAACGCAGCCGCCACUCUGGAAAUGGUUUUGUGAGAAUCUUCCGUAAGCGGUUUUAUGAGAGAGUCUGGGGUCUAUGAAGUCGGGAGAUAAAUAUUCUAAAUAAAACACUAAACAGUGAGAAAGAUUUGAGCAUGUGCUUAACUGCACAGUUGAAAUCAGCUUUUAAGACAGCCUUAAUUCUGGGAGUGCUGUGUGUUUGGCACAAACACUCUCUUUGUGGAGGAUGAAACUUCACUGUUCUUUUCUGAAACAGACCGCAGUUGGCUUUUCUCUCACUUUGACCUCUCUCCACAGAAAAAGGUCAUGCUAAACAUGUUUUUAGACACGUUAAUGGCUGACCCGCCGCCCCAGUGCCUUGUGUGGCUACCUCUCCUGCACAGACUUGCCCACGUUGAAAAUGGUAAGUGGAUCACUGUUUGCAGGACUUUCCUUCUGCUGAGGAGCACUGCAGCCUGGGGGCUCUCUAUGGCAAGCGUGGGGUGGGGGGACCUGUGUCUUCUGUGCCGGAGAGCUCAGUUUCUUGAGGCUCCCCUAAUAUAGGUCAUCAGGUGCCCCUCCACAUCAGAACCUAAGAGGAGCCCUGCAGGGCCAGACCCAAGGCCUCUCUGCUCCACAACCCGGGUCUCCCAGGUCCUAGUCCAACGCUAACCACUAUACCACACUUCCUCUCAGUGUGCCUCAGGCUUCCCCUAGGCAUCUGGUUGGCCACAGAGAGAACUGGAUACUGGACUAGAUAGGACUGGCAGGGCCAGAUUUAGGUUUGAUGAGGCUCUAAGCUUCUGAAGGUAAUGGGGCCCUUUCUAUGUCCAACUGUCCUUUGUCAACAACAAAUAGUCACUGUUUUUUGUGUUGAAUAUAUGCUAUAUGGUCAUUUAUGGACCUAAUAGGUAUCUAAAUGGGAUGCAGGUGGCACUGUGGGUUAAACCCCAGAGCCUAGGACUUGCCGAUCAGAAGGUCAGUGGCUCAAAUCCCCGCGACGGGGUGAGCUCCUGUUGUUCGGUCCCUGCUCCUGCCAACCUAGCAGUUCGAAAGCACGUCAAAGUGCAAGUAGAUAAAUAGGUACCACUCCGGCGGGAAGGUAAACGGUGUUUCCGUGCGCUGCUCUGGUUCGCCAGGAGCGGCUUAGUCCUGCUGGCCACAUGACCUGGAAGCUGUAUGCCAGCCCCUUGGCCAAUAGAGCGAGAUGAGCGCUGCAACCCCAGAGUUGGCCACAACUGGACCUAAUGGUCAGGGGGCCCCAAGAGAGUGGGGCCCUAAGCUAGAGCUUGUUGAGCUUAGACGUAAAUCCAGCACUGGACGCUGUCCUGAUCCAGCAGGCUCUUCAUACCUGCCACACAUCCACACAAAUUGCCGCCUGUCCCAACUGUCUUCCAAGUUACAGCCUGUUUAUAGCUUUGCCAUCUCUGCUCAGCCCCACCCUGACAUCUGUUUCUUGGUGCAACGGAGUGUCAGGAGGGGAUUUUAGAUGGCAAAUCAGGAACUAUCUAGAGAAGUCCUGGGGGAAAGAUCUAGGCACUGCUGCUGUUGCAUUUCUUACCCAGACUUCACCCAAAGGUCCCACCAUGUUGUAAAAAAUUAGUUUAAAAAACCAUUUAAAAUGGGAAGAAUAGGGUGGGUCCAGAAGUGCCAAGCUGCCCCCAAGAUUAAGGGGCCCAGUGCAAAGCGUGUCUGCAUGAUGGAGAAGGCUGAGCACUCUGGAGUAGCCGGACACUGGACCUACAUCACAGAAUGCAUGGCGCAUGCAGGGCUGCCUCAACAUGGAGCAGCGCUGAGCCCCUUAAACCCAGUACUGAGGGGGCCGAGGUGCCUUCAGCCCCCUAGUGUAGGCGUGCCUGGGCGGGUCCUAAUAUUUUCUUCCGUUUCUGAGACGAGGGUAAGGAUGCCAGUGCCUGUUUACCAGGCUGGCAGGCAGCCAUGCGCCCCAAUUAGCACACGCCUGUUUGAUGUGUGGGGAAUUCUAGGAGUUUGUCCUUUUUCAGAGGGGCGUGUGGGGUGUGCCUCGUUCAGGACGAAGCCUCCUGCAGCUCCGGAGGCGCUUCUGACUCCUCUUCCUCCCCUUUCCCCUCCCAGUCUUCCAUCCUGUGGAGUGUUCUUACUGCCGCUGUGAGAGCAUGAUGGGCUUCCGCUACCGAUGCCAGCAGUGCCACAACUACCAGCUCUGUCAAAACUGCUUUUGGCGCGGCCACGCUAGCGGCCCUCACAGCAACCAGCAUCAGAUGAAGGAGCACUCCUCUUGGGUAAGCCUCUUGGUCUCCUGCGGCUCAGGCGCAUUGCUUUUCUGCCGUGGGUGUGUUUGGGGCUGCGGGUUCUCUAUUGCGCAGCCCCAGAGGUCUGUCCGUCAUGGGAAGGCCAGUAGCCUGUCGGUUCUGCAGGGGCCAGUGUGGAAUGGCCACAGGUCCUCUUGUAAGGACACCUGCGUGGUGUGUUUUUUACUCCACUGAUCCUGCCUGCGUCUCUGAAGAUCGAUCUGUUGUCAUCAAAGCUCGCCUUUAUUUGUCAGGAUAACCUGGGAGCCCAGCAGUGAACACCCAUGUUCUCUAUAUCAGCACAAAACCUGUUAGCCACUCAGGGGCCUCUCGCAGGAGCCCAGCAAGUCAUGCAGUUUCUCUUGGGUCAGGGAGGGUAAGCUCUUGAAUCCCAGAGAGAGAUGGGAGGGGGAGGCAUCUUGAGAAUAGGAUUGUUUGCCUUGGCUUUGGAAGAAACAGCAAAAGUAGGAAAUGCAGCAGGCAGGGUUGGGGAAAGAACGUGCCUGAAUGGUCUUGGGUGCAAAACCACUUCUGGUGCUCCGUAACAGAGACCUUGGGCUGCACUGCUGCUGCCAGGGUUGUAUUUGCUUGCUAUACAGACAGAGGCUCUGUUUCUGAAACUUGAUGCCUUUUAAAACGGAGAAUAAAUGUUUGGGGCUAGGAAUUCUUUCCUAAUCUCAAGGAGUCUAUUCUGGAUUCGUAGCCAUUGACAGGCAUCUCUCUCUCUCUCUCUCUCUCUAAAUCUUUAAUGGAUAUAGGAAAGUGUUAGAAUAAGGUGCUUUUUAAUGGGAAUUAAAAAUGAUGUCUGCUGAUUCAGGAGAGAGGCUACUAUUUCUCACAGAAGACAAUUCUCCACUUGAGCAAGGACUUCAGGGUGGCGCUGUGGUCUAAACCACUGAGCCUCUUGGGCUUGCCGAUUGGAAGGUCGGUGGUUUGAAUCCUCAUGACAAGUGAGCUCCCAUUGCUCUGUCCCAGCUCCUGCCAACCUAGCAGUUCGAAAGCACACCAGCACAAGUAGAGAAAUAGAUACCGCUGCAGCAGGAAGGUAAAUGGUGUUUCUGUGUGCUCUGGUUUCCGUCACAGUGUCCUGUUGCGCCAGAAGUGAUUUAGUCCUGCUGGCCGCAUGACCCGGAAAGCUGUCUGUGGACAAACGCCGGCCCCCUCAGCCUGAAAGCGAGAUGAGCGCCACAACCCCAUAGUCGCCUUUUGAUUGGACUUAACUGUCCAGGGGUCCUUUACCUUUACCUCUGGGUUUUGUUAGCAACCUGAUCAUUUUCUGAUCUUUGUGUAUCAGUAGAAGUCAUUCUGACUCUCUGUGAAGUCCUCCACUCUUGCUCACUUCCUGGGUAUUGGAAGGACAGGGGGCUGCAGCUGAACCUUAAAAACUUGACAUGACUGUCUAUUAAGUGGAACCUGCUUUGUGAGAUGCACGAGACGGGCUGGAAAUGAAAUGGGUAUUUAUUGUAUUUGUAUGUGAACAUUCACAGAGUGAGGUGUGGUGGAGAGAAAAGGCCUAACGUGAGAUUUAACAGAUAAUAUAACUCCAAGAAUGCACCCUUGGAAGAAAAAUACAGUACACAGCCAGCACUUCCUGGAGCAUCAAAGCAUGAAUAGGGGAAGUGUUGUAUUUCAAAAGCUAAGUGUUAAAUCCAGGUGUGUGGGAGAGAGAGAGAGAGCCCCUUUGCAUGUAUCUCUGUCAUUUGCUACUGUAUGAAAUUUGAACAUUACAACUCUCCAGUCAAGUGAAAUACUAAAUUCUAAACUGCUAAAUACUAAAACGAAAAAGCAAACAAACAGAUCCCUCUGUUUUGCAUCAAGUCAGCGUAUUGCACCUGACUCAGCACUUGGGAGAGGCUGGAUGUGUGCGCAUGUGCGUAUGCUCAUGCAUACACACUCAGGAUGCUGCAGUGAGGGCAAGAGAUCAGGGAAUUCCCCUUGAUGAGUGUCUUUCCACUGACGUAACUCUGCAUGCCAACCAGUAUGUAUCAGUUACGGUUAGCUGAGCAUAAAAUGGGUUUAAUGCGCAGUACCUGGAUUGAGACUCUCUAUCAUGCAUGGCCCAAAGGAAGAUGCCAUCAUAAUUUCUGUGGGUGUGAUGGGAAUCCACAAUAUCUCACUCCUCAAUUCACCUAAGACAGCACCUGAAGAAGACAUGCCCAUUUUUCUGGCACCAUGCUUCACAACAGAUGCUGACAGUUUUGAGAGAGCUCGGCUUCCUAAAGAGAGAAGCACAGCUGGAAAAGGGCUAUAUUUGGAAAAUGUUCAACAGCUGAAGAAACAAAAGGUAAAGGUAAAGGACCCCUGACAGUUACGUCCAGUCGCAGUUGACUCUGGGGUUGCGGUGCUCAUCUCGCUUUCAGGCUGAGGGAGCUGGCAUUUGUCCACAGACAGUUUUCCUGGGUCAUGUGGCCAGCAUGACUAAGCCGCUUCUGGCAAACCAGAGCAGCGCAAAGAAACGCCGUUUACUUUCCCGCCGGAGUGGUACCUAUUUAUCUACUUGCACUUUGACGUGCUUUCGAACUGCUAGGUGGGCAGGAGCAGGGACCGAGCAACCGGAGCUCACCCCGUCGUGGGGAUUCGAACCGCCAACCUUCCAAUCGUCAAGGGUGUGAGAAUGAAAUAUUGAACAGGCACCAAGCAGGUUUCCUUAGGGAGGGCAGAUGUUGCAACCUUGAGGUGCAGCCACAGAGAUGCACCCCACUCUGGUGUGAGCAUUAAACGCCCGUUUGCAGAUAGUAAACUCAGUCUUUUACAGCAGAAUGCAUCAAUUAAGUAAUUAAAGGCAACUCACAACAUUAUGCAAUGUGAGAAUGAGACAUUACAGUACUGACAUCUGGUAGCGCCUGCAGAAAAGCGUCCCUGGAGGAAGGUCUGUGGCAAACAUCUCAGCCAAAGGGCAUCUUGCUAACCCAGAACCCCUUCCAAUUUAAUUGAGAGUUGGUCUGCAUAUACUUGUCUCCUAUGUCAGUAUAAAGCAUUUUCCUCACUGUAUUGCACUCUUGGAAAUGGUGUUCCUAAAUUUUUUAGGAUGAUGUGAAGUUUCUCCAGCAGAGGGCAGGGUCUGCUCAUGUUCUCGUGCCAGAAAUCCCGGUCUUCACCUUGGGGUGGAAUUUUUCACUUGUUAAGGCAGAAAGCAAAGCAGCUGGGAUGUGUUUAGUGACCUCCUCCAUUCUCUCACCAGAUUAUUUUUUAACCUUGGCUACAGCCUGCUUCUUUGACAGAGCAGAGCAACAGGCUCUCAGAGCAAAUGCAUGCACGGAGGACAAGCAAGCAAAAGCACUUUUCAUGGGUCACAGGCCUCUCCUUUAUUUAUUUCACCAGAGUUUAUUAAAUGAGCUUUAGAAUAUAGCGUAUAACUGCCCCCCACAAAAUAAUAUAUGCUCUAGGCUCAUAAAGUGACUUAGUUGAAUUCAACCCUAUCAUUAUCAUCUGCCUCUAAAUAAUCUAUUGCUAACCAUAUUAUUUUUUAUUCAGUUUAUAUCCUGCCCUUCCUCCCUAAGGGAGCCCAGGGCAGCAAACACAAAUGGUAAAACAUCUUAAAAACAAUUCCAGUGCAGAUACAGACUGGGAUAAAGAUCUUCAUUUUUAAAGUAUUUCUUUACAUGCAUGACAUUAUAUAUUUAUGUCUUGCUUUCCCUCCAUUUUACCCAAGUAACAGACAGCUCUGUGAAGUGGGCUAAGCUAAGCUAAUAUAUGAAUACUACACCCAUAUGCACAUAAGCAGCAGUUCUUGUUAGGAUAUAGUUCUGUUCCACCUUAAAAGGGUGCAGGCAUGACUCUUGUGUGUCACGUGCCUGUUUACUUCCAGCGCUUGCUGGGAACUUCCGUUUGUAUAUAGCUUUUGCUUUGCUGCUGUUUUGCUGGACACAAAGGGAAGCAGACAUGUUUUUUCUUUGUUCCUGCUGCUGAAUAAAAUGCUGUAAUAUACUGCUUACACAUUUUUCUGUCCACCUCUUGUGCUGUGAGAAGAUUUAUUCACUCUGCUGAUAGAGCGUGCUCGGGUCUCUAAACGUAUCUUAGGCUCGUGUCACAGAUUGAUGCUGUUCCGAGGGAGACCGGCGAUCAUCCAGCUGCCAGCCGGUGGCUGGAGCCAGCUGGGGUUCUGCCUGAUGCCCCCGUCUCUCCGGCAGUAUCCCAACAGUUCUUGCCAAUAGACUGGGUGGUGGGAGAGAGCCCCCCCAACCCACAUGCUGCAUGCCGGGGCUCCCUGCCUGUUUCAGAGAGAGAGCUGCCCGUUCAGAACAAGCAAGCAGCUGGCUAGUGCCCCCAGAACCACCCACCUGCAGGGCCUCUGUUUUCGCAGGUGCAAGCUGUUUGGUAGCCCUCCUCUGUUCCUCAGUGCACCCAGGAGCCAUGACAGUGUGUGCUCAGCCUGUCCUGACUAAUGUUGUGGAGAAAGAGAGCCGGUUAUGAUCAGAGCAUGGGUGACAUUUGCUCCCAAACUCCUGUUCACUGCCUCUUGACAGCAGUCUCGGUAAAGAUUCAGCCUGGGAAGUAUCCCGGCUCAAAAGGCUUGUUGGAAGAGGAAGAGGAAGAACUUCAGGAGGUGCAGAUGAGGUAGCAGGCGGCGUCUGCCCAGCAUUCAAGGGGGAAGGAAUUCCAGAGGGCAGGAGCCACAACACUAAAAGUCCAUAAUGUAUUUUUAAUCUUUUGUUGGAAGCUGCCCAGAGUGGCUGGGGAAACCCAGCCAAAUAGGCAGGGUAUAAAUACAUUAAUUAUUAUUAUUAUUAUUAUUAUUAUUAUUAUAUCACACACAACAAUACCUUGUAAGAAAAACAGCUCCUGCCUCCACCAUCAGCUCUGCCCUUCUAAAGUGUAGUGAACUGCUUUUGAAACGUAGAUUCCUACACUGCAGAGGGUUGGACUAGAUGACUCUUGGGGUCCCUUCCAGCUCUACAAUUCUGUAUGUGCUAAAAGAAAAGCCUGUGAUUGUUCGCCACCUGAAAGUACGUAUUGGCAGUUCCCCAUGGUCUUUUAAGACUAUAAUUUAGGAGAGAUUAGGUAAUGUAAAACUGAGAGAAUCCAAAUAAGAUUUGCAACAUUUUGGACACCGUGCCAUUAUUUAUUUUUAAAAAACAAAAAGCAGACAUAUGCCGGGAAGUGCAGCUUUGGCAUAAUGGUUAGCGCCGAAGCUUUCAGUAGUUCUUUGCUCCUGAACAUGAAAUGACACACUUUAUCCUGCUAAUAGUGCAGAAUCAUAAGAACGUGAUCAUAUAAUAAUAAACAAAGAAUAAUGAAGACUUAAAACCAAGGCAAAUACAACAUUUAAAUUACUGAGCAUCAAAGAAGGGAAAAGAAGGCUUAAGAAAUGAAACGGUGCCGUUAGCUGACUUCAACUUGCUCUGCUCCAGAAACCUCCUAGCUGAACAAGCAGCAAGAACAUCCAGCACGCAUAGCUAGUAAGAUUAUCCUCUCAAAACCUUGCUUUUUGAAAAAAUCAAAACUGCUUUUGCUGGCGGAAGCAUUGAUUCUUUCAGAGAAUAACACCAGCCGUGCAGGUUAGCAUGUUACUGGAGCCCUCAAGAAGUGUUGCUUUGUCCCAGAUCCUCGACACGUGCUGUGCUGCCAUCGUCUCCAAAGAGGUUUUUCUAGCGAGGUCAGUGGCACCUAAGAAAUCCAUGUGGGAAAAGGAACGCUUGACUUUCGCAUUUGGAAAGAGAAAUCAGUGCGUCAAAAUAACAUAUGUGUAUUUUCUUGACCAGGUUCUCUGGGUGUAGAAGCUUGAGCUGUUGGUUACCCAGAAGUCCUUCUGGUUGGUUCCCAGUGACUGGGAGAGGGGUGGGUGAGUGAGUGCCUGUGCUUUUUUGGCGCCCGCUUUCCUGGUUCCUUGUUGGUUCCCCCAGUUCCAUCUGCCGCUCUCCCUUUCUCUUAAGUCAGUACAUGGUUCUUACCUUCCUCCUGCCUUGAAGGGCUUAGAGGUGCCAUGUCUCCUGAAGGAGGGCAAGCCACCAGAGGGACUUCUUGUGAACGGCCUUGCUCUGCCCCAGCCACUUUCCCACUGAGCAUUUGCCGCCCUACAUUUCAGAACAUUUUUGUGGGUUCACAAGCACACUCUGCUCAUGCCCUACCAUAGCAGGCAAAGAUUCUUCAACAUCAACUUCGUUGGACUGGUCAUGUUGCUCGGAUGCCUGACAGUUGUCUUCCAAAGCAACUACUCUAUUCCCAACUUAAGAAUGGAAAGCGAAAUAACCAGUGGACAACAAAAGAUGUUUACAGAUGCUCUCAAAACCACUCUUUUAAAAAAUGUAGUAUAAGCACUGAUAACUGGGAAACACUGGCCUGUGAGUGCUCCAGUUGGAGAACAGCCUUUACCAAAGAUGUCGCAGACUUUGAAGACGUUCGAACUCAAGACACAAGGGAGAAACGAGCUAAGAGGAAGGCACGUUUGGCAAACCCUCACCGUGAUCAACUCCUGCCCGGAAACCAAUGUCCCCACUGUGGAAGGACGUGUGGAUCCAGAAUUGGCCUCCACAGUUACUUAUGGACUCACUUUUAAGACCGUGUUCAUGGAAGACAAUCUUCCUCAGCUACGAGGAAUCGCCAAAGAAGAUGACCAUAGCAGGCAAACAAGUCUCCCUGCCUGAGCUGGAGGCCUGGUGUUGAGGGAUCCCUGGGGUGAUGGUUGAGGUUGGAUCUCAGCUUCUGCACCGAGGUCACCCAGUCCAGGGACUUCAUGGCUGCCAUGAUCACCACAAGUCUGUCCCAGUGUGUAUAUGCACGUGAGCAGAACAUGCUCUUGACUUUGUCUUGUUGACUCACCAGCAAGAUGGUGACUAUGAAAGGGGUAGAAUUAACAUGAACGUAAAGCUGAGGCUCCAAGACUUUGGCCACCUCAUGAGAAGAGAAGACUCCCUGGAAAAGACCCUGAUGCUGGGAAAGAUGGAGGGCACAAGGAGAAGGGGAUGACAGAGGACGAGAUGGUGGGACAGUGUUCUCGAAGCUACCAGCAUGAGUUUGACCAAACUGCAGGAGGCAGUGGAAGACAGGAGGGCCUGGCGUGCUCUGGUCCAGGGGGUCACAAAGAGGCGGACACAACUAAAUGACUAAACAAUAACAACAAGAAGAAGUAUUAACAUCUAUCCCAUUGUCACGGUCAGAUCAUUUCCUGUUAAGGUCAAGACCUUCAGCAGCCGUUUCCCUCUGCAGGAGUGCUGGAGGGGGGGACCUGUUAUUAAACAGUCCCCUCCUGGAGGUGGACGGAUUCCGGAAAGCUCUGGGGAAUUUUCCUCCUGGCGUGGCUGAUGCCUCUGUUGAAACCACGCUCACUCUGUGGAAUGUGGAGAUGACCUGGGCAGUUGACAGCAGUCGUGAUGCCCUGUUGCCCAGUUCAGCUCCCUGGUGGGCACCUCUGCUGAGGGCAGUGGAGCCAAAGAGGUGGCAGCUGGAACAGAAGGUGUAGGAAGACCCUUGCGGAGUCCCACCAACUCCCACAUUUCUUUGGCAGUUUUCUUAUUCCUUAUAUAUACUACUUGCUGGUUGCUGACAGCCAAAUUAAUUAUCGCCCUGGCUUUCAUAUCUCCUUUCAACCAAGCAUUAGUCACAGGGUCGGGGGGUCAUCAGUCACAUAGGUCCAUACUUCUUGAGAGGUCAAAAGCGCCUCCACCCGAAGCGACCAUGAACUGCAGUUUUCAUCUGUCAGCUGUGGGAACAUCAGAGCUUUCUCGGCUUCUGGAACCCGGUCAACCAUUCUGGAACUCUUCCAGACCCACAGAACCACACCAACAGGAGAAGGAGUUUUCAAACCUUUCUCAAAGUCCAAAAAUGUGCAGUCAUCCACUCAGCAGCUGGGCCCAUAACCAAAGAUGUUGGCUAUUUGCAGAUUAGUUGCUCUGCAGAAGGCAUGCUGGGGAGACCACACAUUCAAGAAACGCAAAAGUAACUUUUGCUUGGUUUAAUAACAAAUAUCAAAAACAAAAACUCCUUUUACACUAAAUUACAUUAUAUAUAAAGGGACGCGGGUGGCGCUGUGGGUUAAACCACAGCGCCUAGGACUUGCCGAUCAGGAGGUUGGCAGUUCAAAUCCCCGCAACAGGGUGAGCUCCCAUUGCACGGUCCCUGCUCCUGCCAACCUAGCAGUUUGAAAGCAUGUCAAAGUGCAAGUAGAUAAAUAGGUACCGCUCCGGCGGGAAGGUAAACGGUGUUUCCGUGCGCUGCUCUGGUUCGCCAGAAGCGGCUUAGUCCUGCUGGCCACAUGACCCGGAAGCUGUACGCCGGCUCCCUUGGCCAAUAAAGCGAGAUGAGCACCGCAACCCCAGAGUUGGCCACGACUGGACCUAAUGGUCAGGGGUCCCUUUACCCUUUACCUUAUAUCAAUAAGUGUAACCCAUCCACCAAGGUACGGAGAGAGCUACAUGCUGCUCUUUAUAUUCUUUACCCAACAACUUAAUUAACAUAACUUAACAGCACCUGCUAUACUGCUUCACAGCUGUAAAACUAAGUCAUGUUAUUUCUUCUGGCCCUUAAAGACGUACACAUCUUGUGAAACAAUAAUGAAACCUAAAAUUUAAAGAAACCAUUCAACAGGAACGCCUGUGGGGGCCUCUUCUGUGGUGGCAAAGAGGGAGCUCUUAUCUGGGGUUGAGGCCUCCUGGCGUUACAGACAAGGUGCUUGGUCCAGCCCAGCCCACCACCGAUCCAUGAUGGACCUUUGCCUCCCUAGCCUUAUUGCCUCUAAUAAAGAGAAGGUUCCUGGCUGGGUCCAGGAGUCUGCAAAUUCCUCCUUGUUGGAGGGCCUGAUGCCAACAGCCUCAAAGUGUGAACCAGUUUAUAUUAAAAAGCUCCAAUCCAAUAGGUCUCUCCAGAUGUUUCCAUGGGUCUGGAGAGGUUGUCUCAAUUGAUUGUUGCUUCUCACAUGCGAAGGGAUCUUUUUAGCGCUUUUAGGGCUUCUGCCUCCCCUCAGCACUUGGCUCCAGCUCCCUCCCUCCCUCCCAUCCACCUAGUCCUUGUCAAGGACACAUCCUCUUAAAACCUUUGAGUAUGGCAACGGGAACAAGCACCUUGCGACAAGGUCACACCUGCAGGCCCUGCUCAUCUUUCCAACCACAAGGUUAGGAAAACUGCAGUAGAGAUUGCGUAAGUGCCUCUCGUGCAGUGAAACCACAAGCUGGUGCCUGCAAUCCAUGCCAGGGAAGGGCUUGUGGGCUUCUCUGACUGUGGUUAGAAAAACCAGUGACAAGAAGACGCUGGUUUCUCUGAUGCGAAAUUGAGACCCCCUCUUUUGAUUCUGGCACACUCUGCUGCGCAUUGCAGGGGGUAAGACUAGAUGGCCCUUGGGGUCCCUUCCAACUCUAUUUGGAGAUGAAAUUAUCAGUUCCAUGAUCCUAUGAGUGAAAAGCAAGCUGGCAUCCUGUCCCUACAAGGCCCUGAUGCCCUGGAGACAAGGCAGUUGCAACAAGCCUAUGGACUCUUGCACCAUGCAUAAUAUUAACCCAGCAGUGAUGAUUUAUUAAAUUUAUAUACCACCCUUCAUCCAAAGAUUGCAGUUUUGUUUGCAGAAUAGAGCACAAAAUGCAUAGCAUAAUAACGAAACAAAAAUACGUGUGUCCCCCCCCCCCACCCCGCAGCCAAAGGCCCGAUUGAAGAGGAAUGUUUUCACCUGGCGCCUAAAGACAUAUAAUGAUGGCUCCAGAAGACCACAAAGAAGGGCCUCAGAUGACCAUCACAGGGUCCGGGUCGGUUCACAUGGGGAGAGAUGGUCCUUGAGGCAUUUAAGGCUUUAUAGAUCAAAACUAGCCCUUUGAGUUGGGCCCAGAAGCUAUUUGGCAGCCAGUGCAAUUGGGUUGGGGUUGGGGUGAUGGGCAGGGUGGGAGAGAUCCUGGCUCCAGGCCCCCUUUGGACACCAGGCAUUGUUUGGCAGCUGCCUGGGGCUUGCGCCUGGAGAGCCCUGUGUCCUGGGAGGCUGGACCACAGCUCCUCUUCAGCUCUGCACUGUGCUGCACUGAUUGCUUUGCUGUGCUAAUUCCCAUUUCUGUGUUUAAUUCUCUCUCUGGAAAAAAACACAACAGAAAUCGCCUGCCAAGAAGCUGAGCCAUGCCAUUAGCAAAUCUCUUGGUUGUGUACCCAGUCGAGAGCCUCCUCACCCCGUGUACCCGGAGCAGCCAGAGAAGCCCCUUGACCUGGCCCACACAGGGUGAGUAUCUCUUCCGUUCUGCGCCAAUGUCUCCUCUCGCUUUGCCUCCCUUUGUACGCCUGGCGCCUGGGUUCUGGAAGGGCGGCCAAGAGAAAUGCAGAGAGGAAGGGUCUCUGCCCAAAAAGGCUAUCUGUACCAGGAGCCUUGAGAGUCAUUUUGUUGAUCCUCUUGGAGCGGAUUCUCACUGUCUGGUCCUCGCCGUUCUGCUGUGGAUGGAAAGAUGCUCAGCUCUGAGACCUCCUUCUAUAGCUUGGCAAGCGCUUGCAGAACAUUGGCUGACUGCAGCCUUCCCUGGUGUGUUGCCCUCCGGAACAGCCGUAGGAUGCCCAGGCUGAUGGCAGUUGUGGUCUAGAGUGCCUGUAGGGGGGCAGUUUGGAGGAGGCUGUCCUGUCUCCAGAGGCAGAACUGUGGCAGGUGUGUGUGUGUGUGUGUGUGUUCCAAAUGGCUGGUUCUGCGUUUGGCCUUGCUGGCAUCUUUGAAGCAGCAUGUGGGGACAUAACACCAGCGUCCGGUUAGUCACUUUUUUAGCAGUUACUGGGUGAGCAGAACCUGGCAGGAAUCCUAGAAUUAUAGAGUCAGAAGCGACCCCGAAGUUCAUCUAGUCCAGCCCCUUGCAAUGCAGGAAUCUAUAAUCCUGCUCUGGUCCGAUUGCCAGAUGAUUAUGUCGUUGAAUGUUAUUGAACUUGUGCGCUCACCAGAUUUAAUCCAGAAAGUGGCAUCACAGGUGUUAAAUCAGAAAAGGUCUGUGGGGGCCUCUUGCUGCAGGGGCAGUGAUGGCCUGGAAGAGAAAUCACAGGUGCCCUUGGUUUUCUCAGGGUGGGCUUGGUUGAGGAGGUGGCUCUCUCGCGGUUGUGUGGUAUAAUGUUCUGCAAACAGAUUGGAAUGUAUACUGAAUAAGCAGCCAACAUUGUAUGACCUCCCUGCAAACAUUCUGCAAAUUAAUCAGGGUGAACGCUCAGGAAAGAGGUCUCAACCUCAGUACCCAAUUAUAGGCAGAUAAUUUCAUCUCCAAAUAUUGGGGAGGGGGUACCACUAUCCCCUUAUUCUCCUAGUUUUUUCAAGGCGCCUCCAUCUUUCUUUCUCCCAUUCCCCCACCGGGCCUCAUUGCCACCCUGCGCUGUGUUGGGAGGUGUGUGACGUCGCAUGACACGUGCAUGACGUCCUGGGGGCAACCUGGCACCUGUGGAGACGGCCGAAUUCCCAAGGUGGAGAGUCGGAAGAGGCAGAAUGUGUUUGUUGCAUUUUACUACGCCUUGUUCUCAUCUGAUGUUGGGCGCAGUGUGCCAUGGAAAGGUUGCUUACAGAUAAGCUGGUGAUGGCAUCUUGCAUUCUGUGUCUGUCUCUGCCGCCUCCCUGAGGCUCUCCCCAUCCUCUUGCUGCUUGUCUUCAGAGUGGGAAGGAGUGCGGAAGAGACAGCCUUUUGCCCAGGUCUCAGUGACUUCCUCUGAGCAGUUUUCCAGGAAGCCUGGAGCUGGCAGAGAGGUCAGGCCGUUGGGUGUUUGCACUGGACUGGAAGGGUGUUGGCAGGGGGAUAUAGUUCUUUGAUUUAGGUAGCCCCCCAAAGGUGUCUGUUUGUUGGAACAGCCCUUUCUAAAAUCCAGUUAAGCGCUCCAUGGUUUUCAGAGUAGGGUCCUAAGAGACCAGGAGAAAGAGUGUUUGUUUCCUGGAGAAUUCCUAGCUUGACACUUAUUCCCGGGGGUGUCUUGGCAUGCCUGUAGCAAGAGCAACCUCCUUGGCUUCGGUUGUUUCCUAGGUCUGUUUUAAAGCACACGGCCAGAGUCCCUUUACCAGCCAGAUGGAUGGGGUAUAAAUAAAUCUAUUAUUUAUUAUUAUUAUUGUUGUUGUUGUUGUUGUUGUUUAUUAUAAUUAUUAUUACUACUACUACUAUACCACCUUCUCAUAUUGGCAGGGGCGGCAGAUAGGUGGAGUUCCUGUAGCAAACAUAAGCAAUCUCUUGCUCCCUGUUGCCCGUCUGGUCCUUCCCCCCCACUGCCCCCCCCCGAAUACAUUUUGCCACUGCCCAUGUGACCCUGGCAACACAGAACUCCUACCAAAAUACUGCUGAAGCUCAGCCCUUGUAUUCAAGCAACCUGCAUGCUUUAUAAAUGAGCAGUUUUGCAUAAAUCGAGCAUCGUAUUAGAGGGUUUAUAUAUAUAUGUAUAAAGAAGCUGCAACCUUAACCUAAACAUUAGGAUGUAGAAGUUAGCAAAUGAACAGAAAUUAGAUUUGGUCUUUCCUGGUAAUUCUGAUUUGCUAAUGGAACAGAUGAAUCUGUGCCAGCGAGACCACGUGGCAGCCUUAAUCGCUGCCUUUCCCCUAAGUCGUUUCACUUUUGAAAAGGGUGGAUUUGGAACGGUGGGGUUGCUGUUUGCUGCACCACUGCCUGUUGGGCAGGUUUAGCUGGUUUGUUUAUUUAUCACCUUCCACACAUGUCUCAAUGUACAAAAUGCAAUAAGAAAAUAAAAACAGGAAACAAAAGCCGAUGAAUUUUGAAAGCAAUCCAAAGCAGGCACCUAGUGCAAAUCCUGCAAAGCAAGGAGUGAGGUGCUGGGGGCAUUUUGCCCCCCAAAGCAAGCAUUUUGCCCCAGCUGCAGCCUCAAGGGGAGCCCCACAUAGAGCGCAUUACAGUAAUCCAACGCUGAGGUUACCAAGCUAUCCUGGCCAGCUAUUCAUUUCUGCGUAUUUGGUAGAACGGAGGCAAUGCCUCUGGACCAAAGACCACCGUGAAACCUGUGUGUGUUUGCAUGGAAGCAGAUCUCGCUGAGUUUAAUGGGCCUUGCUCCCAGGAAAGUCUGUAGAAAUCUCUGCAGUCUCAGUGGGACCACAGGCCGUUUGGGGCUGGCCCCAGGUGAGAGAGGUGUUUCUGGUGGGCGGCCACGGAUGCAUUUCAGAAGAAAGAAAAUUGUUUUGCAAUUAAACUCGCUACUCAAAUUGCACCGUGUAAUUUCUUCCCCUGGACUGCUGUUUACCAUAAAGCUUCAAGCAUUAAUUCUGGGAGGAAAAGAAAAUUAAAAGGAGCGGGCAAUUUUGACAUUAAAGCAACACUCCAAAUUGUGAGGACUCCCGAGUACGAAGCAGUAAUUUGGGAAAGCAAUUAGCACACAAACGUUUUCCUUCUGAUGCAGCUUCUUGUUCUGGCUGAUGCGUAUUAGGCCCCGAAUGGAUUUGUGUAAUGAUCGCAAAGCAAAUCCAGCCAUGACGGAUGGCUGCAGGUAAGUUCUCCUCCUCUCUGCCUCACCAGCCAGUUCCUGCCAGGAAGCAAAAUGGCAUCUCCUUCCACAGCAUGGAGGGGAGGCAGGAAGUGGGCAGAGAGAAGCCAGCAAGGAGGGCUGGUGGAGAAUCAGACACAGGAGAAGAGUCGGUGGAAGAAGAUUGGAAGAAAUGUAAAGACUAUUUACAGAAAUAUUGCAAAAUUAAUGAAUGUUAGAAUGAUGUUGGAUUGAAGUUAAGUGGUUUCUAGCUGUAAUGGUAUAAAAGAAUAUGGAAAAAUUGGAUUUUCAAUACGUAAAAACCUGGGAAAGGAAUGGCUGAACUAAUAAAUUGAACUGGAAUACAAAAAAGGGAGGUAUGAGGAGGUCCGGGAAACAAGUAAAUGAAAGAGAAGUGAUGAAAAGAUGGAAUUGUUUUUAAUGGUUUUUUUGUAUUUUGUAUUUUUCUUUUUUCUAUUUUUCUUUUUCUUAUUUAUGUAUCCUUCUUUUGAAACUUUAAUAAAUAUUAUUUAAAAAAUAAUAAUAAUAAAAAGAGAAUCAGACACAGGAGUCUGUAGAGCUGGUCCCUGCCUUGCCUGGCUCCACAGGCACACAGAGGGAACACACCGGUGGCUGCAGAAUCAUUGAUUCUUUCCACCCCACCUUUCUGUCCAAAGGCACCAAAGGCAGCAGAUAAAUUCCCACCACCACACAGCCAGUAAAACAUACCAGAUGCAGGCCAUCUUGCAGGAUAAAGCUAAAGAAAAAUGCAAAGGUGCCUGGGAUAGAUUUGCUUGUUCUCAGUCCCCCUUGUUCAGCAGGUGGAUGGCGCUCCUGGUAUCGUCUCCUUUUCAGCUUCUCUGCAAUCCUCGGAGACGGGUUAGAGCAGCUUCCUAGCUGCACGUGACUGUCCCAUUUUUGACUGUCCUGUGUUGCAGCCACUGGCUUGCCGCUUUUUAAAAGCAUUAAUGCCAACACUGACCUUUCGUUUCCCGUCCUCCUCAGAGAAAGCUCAGCAUGAAGCUUCAUGUUUGUUCUAGAGUUUGCAUGCUUUUUUUAAAAAAAAUCUCUAAUGACAUCUCGUGUAGACUUUACAGUGUAAUUGCAGAACCUUACGGAGUCUUGUUUAAAUUAGUCAUGGGAGUCAUUUAGUCCAUGUGACAGAGUGAGUGUCAGAGAUGUUUACCUUCUGGUACCCUUAAAAAAAAAAGAAGAAAGCAGGAGAAACCCUGCAUUUGGGUCAGGAAAAACAGCUCACCCUUUUCGUUUUGUAAUAAACGAAAAUCUGCCCUUAUUCCCUUAUGGGGGACACAAGAGCCCUCAUAGAGUCCUUUGUAGGUUCUCCAUCAGUCGGAGGAAAAAACAGAGGCCAACAGAGAAUAUUGAGAAGCAAAGCAGCUUGUAAGCCUGAUCUUUAUUGAUCUGUUGCAACGGGAUGCUCCCCUCACACGCAGGAAAGGAGGAGGACCCAGAACCAAGGUGUGCCCGCCCUUAUAUAGACAUUUUAAAUUGCCCGCCCUGGAGUUGAAGACCACCCCCAGAUACAUCAUACCUAUAUCACAGAAGAGGCUGUCUGAAGCAGAAAUCUGAGUGUGUUGUUUAUCUCCUGUCAUCGUUUAUUUCCUGUCUGGCAGGUUACCUGUUAAUACUUACUUGAUUGGAUACCCUGGGGAGCUUGGCCAGUCUUUUGUAAUGAUAAAUACUUCGUUCCUGAGCCAGGUCACAGGCUCACCCUGUUCAUACACAGACAUACCCUUAAGACAGGAUUUGUGAAGGAAAAGACAAUGGGGAGGCUUUUCCAUUUGACCUUGCAGAGAAAACACCUGGUCAGCCUGGGAGUCAAAAUGGCUCCAUGGCUGCUCUCCUGUGCAGCUUCAGACAUGUGGCCUAUAUAUCUAUGUACGUGUUUGCUUGGUACAUUUAUGAACCUUUAUUAUAUACAUAAGACCUUAAAUUAUUUAUUUCAGUUUCCUUCUGACUCUUUCCCUCUUGCUGUCACUGUUCUUUGUGGGUUUCGCCACUCCCUCCCUUUUGGAUAAGAUGCAGGCAAGAUAAGGGAAUAACAAGAACAGCUUUCCUAGAUCAGGCCAACGAUCUUUCUGGCUUCAUGGCCUCUUUGGCUGUGGCCCCCAGGAUGGAGGUAGCUGCUGCCCCUUGUUCCUCUCUAGCGCUGGCUUUGAAUCAAUGGGCAUCGCUUUCUAAAAUGCUAUUUCUGCCCCAGCUCAGAGUGUGGUGUUGAUAAUGCCAAGGUUGCAGGUUUGAUCCUGCAUUUUCUUGCAUUGCUCGGGGUUGGGCUAGAUGAUCCUCAGGGUCCCUACAAUUUUAUUUAUGAUUUGUGACUCCUAAGUGGUGGCUUUUACAACACGUAAAGUUACAGUGGCAUAUAAACAGCAAUAUAAACCCGUCAACUGGGAAUGCCAAACAUAGGCAUUCCUUGCUGGGACAAAAUGGCUUUUAAUGGCUCAUCGGUAGUGGCACCCGCCCUGUGGAACACCCUCCCACCAGAUGUCAAAGAGAACAACAACUACCAGACUUAUAGAAGACAUCUGAAGGCAGCCCUAUUAAGGGAAGCUUUUAAUGUUUGAUGCAUCGUUGUUGUUGUUGAGUCGUUUAGUCGUGUCCGCCUCUUCGUGACCCCCUGGACCAGAGCACGCCAGGCACUCCUGUCUUCCACUGCCUCCCGCAGUUUGGUCAAACUCAUGCUGGUAGCUUCGAGAACACUGUCCCACCAUCUCGUCCUUCGUCGUCCCCUUCUCCUUGCGCCCUCCAUCUUUCCCAACAUCAGGGUCUUUUCCAGGGAGUCUUCUCUUCUCCUGAGGUGGCCAAAGUCUUGGAGCCUCAGCUUCAGGAUCUGUCCUUCCAAUGAGCACUCAGGGCUGAUUUCCUUCAGAAUGGAGAGGUUUGAUCUUCUUGCAGUCCAUGGGACUCUCAAGAGUCUCCUCCAGCACCAGAAUUCAAAAGCAUCAAUUCUUUGGUGAUCAGCCUUCUUUAUGGUCCAGCUCUCACUUCCAUACAUGGAUCCCUUCAUGGAUCACUGCCUUGCUGUGGCAAAGUGGCUUGAAUAACUCAGAGAAGCUAUGAGCCAUGCCAUGCAGGGCCACCCAAGAUGGACAGGUCAUAGUGGAGAGUUUUGACUAAACGUGAUCCACCUGGAGCAGGAACUGGCAAGCCACUCCAGUAUCCCUGCCAAGAAAACUCCAUGGACAAAGACAACAGGCAUAUAAAAGUUUGAUGCAUUACUGUAUUUUAAGAUUUUGUUGAAAGCCGGCCAGAGUGGGUGGCGUAUAAAUAAAUUAUUAUUAUUAUUAUUAUUAUUAUUAUUACUAUAUUGGAAGCCGUGGGCAGAGGGGGGCAUGUCUACUCCUCCUCCACAAUGAGGCGCACCCUCUGAGAAGGCCCCUCUCUUGACCACCCUGCUCAAAUGUGCCGCCACCCGAGGGGGAUCCCCUGGGAUCCCCUGGCUGACGUCCAAAGAACGAAGAAGAGCCUGCUGGAUCAGGCAGUGGACCUCCAGUCCGGAAUCCUGUUCUCACAGUCGCCAACCAGGUGCCCCCACAGGGAAACCCAUAGGCAGGAUCUGAGCGCAAGAACCUUCUCCCCUCCUGGGGUUUCCAGCAACCAGGAUUCAGAAGCCGGGCUGUCUCUGACUGUGGAGGCAGAGCGGAGCCACCAGGAGCCGUAUUCUCCUCCAUGAAUUUGUGUAAUCCUCGUCUGAAGCUGUCUUGGUUGGUCCAGAACCCAUGCGGAGCCUCCCCUUCGUGAAAUUGCCCCCUUCGUUUCAGAGUCAUCCUGUCGUGUGGCCCUGAAGGAUAGCUCAGCCGGUAGAGCACGAGAUUCUGAAUCUUAGAGUCAUGGAUUCAAGUCCCAUGUUGGGCGAAAGAUUGCUGCAUUGCAGGGGGUUGGACUAGAUGGCCCCUAUGUGGCUCCUUCCAAGUCCCUGUCUGUCUGUGAUGCAUUGAAGCAGCCUUCCCCAACCUGCCGCAACUGCAGCUGCCCAACGGCUUGACUUUUGGGGAGGCUGUGGAAUCUGCCUGGCUUUUGUGCCUGCAAACAGGGGCCUCCUUAGCUCUGGGACCUGAGAUUUGGGGGCCCUUUUUUGUUCAUCUAUGGAGCUGGCAAGCCUGAAGCUGGGCUCAGCCCCCAGGCAAGUCUAGGCUGCCUUUCUGCCCUGCCUAGUGCAAAUGUUGGCCUGUCUGAACACCCUGCCUUGCCUCACUUAGGCCUCUCCAUCCUAGCACCAGCCCAGUCACAAUUCCUGCAGGACCAGCUUGCGUUUUGAGUUUGCUUUUCAAAAUUGGGGCAAGCGUGUCUCCCCAGGGGAUGCUAUCUUUGCGUGUGACUGUCCUCCCUCCACCCCGCGCCUGCUGGCUCUCCCUGCUUCCUUCCCCUUCCUUCCUUCCUUCCUUCCUUCCUCCUCCUCCUCCAGGCCCCAAGGGUGUGCUUCUUUCGAGAAGCUUCUCUGCUGUCAAGGAAAUCUGGCUUUUGAAAACGAAGCGGGUUUUUUUGCUGGCAUUGCAGUUAUCUGCUGUGCCCUUUUUCAGAAAGGGGAAACUCCUGUAUUGCCCGGCGAAGAUUCCGGUUGUGACGGGGAUGGGGGAGUCAGCAAAAUAAAAAUAAUAAUAAAACAACCCAAAACCCAGUGGCAGCUCAGUAGCAGCAGUGUAACCGUGAGCUUUAUGAAUUCUCCAGCGGAAGAAGGAGCUGUCCAGGCUUCUGAGAUGCUUGAAAGGGGAGAUGCAGGGAGGCAAGGCGACGUCUUAAAAUAGAUGCUGCCUCUGGCUGGAGCCAGGUAGCGGGGAGGUCUGGUGCCUCUCUCACCUUGAGCAGCUGGAGGUGCAGGUGAGUGUACACCUGCCUCUCCGGGAGGCCUUCCUGGGGGGUACCUGCUCUUCCCCAAGAGAGAGAGAGAGAGCCAGUGGCUGGCAGGCAGGAGAUCCUCACGUGACACGUCUGUUUCCUUAGAGACAACGGAGGAGGAGGAGGAGGAGGGCUGGGCCACGGCUGCUGCCCUCUUUGGAUGCCUCUUUGGCAAAGGAAGGCAGAGGCACUUGCUCUACAGCAGCGAAGGUUUGCUGUCUUUGCUUCUCUCUCUCUCUCUCUCUCUUGCUGCUUUAGGGCUUUUGCAUGCACUUGUUCGGGGCGCUGCAGGGAGCCCUUUCCCUGGCCAAGUGAACUUCUCAGAAGCCGGCGGAUGAAAAGAAACAACCUUUUCCAGCAGUUCUUUGUGGUUCUUUGUUAUGGGGUGGGAGGGGGUUGUAGGUGCAAAGGACGAGGCAGCUUUCUGGCGCUCCCUCGCCUGGUGCCUUUGAAGGAGGCUCCUUCGACAGCAGGGCAAGGGGCAGCUGCUUCCUGGGCAGCUGUCGUUCUCAAGACCUCCUUGAGAUGCUUCGAGAGCAAAGGUCCUUUGCGAAGUGGCCUCUUUAGCAGGAAGGGUUCGGGGUGCCGGGCGGGAGGAGAGACAUCGGAAACUGCGGCCGUGCAAGUUCAGGGGCCGACAAAAAGAACUCUUGGAGCCUGAGGGUGGCUAGAUUUAUCUUAACGUUUGCCAUUGAUCUCUGAAUAAUUGCUCGAGUGAUUACAUCUAAACACUCCUCUGUGGUUCCUGAUGCCUUUUUCUGUACCAGACCCUCUCAUGCAUGAAAGCUCUUCUUCUCUCUCCACCCCUGAACUAUGUUUUUCCCCCUCCCCAGAAAAAAAUGUGAGCAUUUUAUAAAGCUGACUGAGAAGUUUUAGCACCAGAACACGCUGUUUUGAGCGGCAUUGUUCUAAUUAAUGUAGAUUAGCAUUUGCUGUUUAAUGCUCACCUUUUUGAUGCUCCCUUUUCAGAUUGGAUUUCUGCUCUUUUUAUAAUUGGGAGCCAAAGUCUCCCAGCCGCCCUUUUCCGAUGAAAUAUAGCUAGUCUGGUGAGUUCCAUCAAAAGGGAGGCUUACAUAUGUGACUCUCAAAACGGCUUUUGCUCUGUUCCCUAAAGAUGGAUGGAUGGAGAGCCUCUGUCCAGGCUGAGUGGCAGGAGGCCGUGAUCAAGGCCCUUUAGGGUGGAGCAGGGAAUCUGCGCUCUCCUCCUGGCGGAUGGCUUGGAUAAGGGGCAGCAGCCUUCUCCCUCCCUGAUAUUACGGGGGGGGGGGGGUCCACAGCCAUGUCUCUCUCUCUCCUCCCCCCUCCCCUUCAGCUGUGCUAACAGAAGUUUUGGGAAAGGAAUGAAUCUGGGGAAACCGCCACUAUGACACCUGGGGAGUCCAGGGCACCAAGGUGGUUUCCAAAUUUGACCCAAGUUUUAUAUGUUUGUUACCUGAUUUAGGGCACAGAUGCCCCUUCAAGCCUGUGCACAAAAAACAACAACAUUUUAAAACGUUGCCGUUUGAAAGACAUAAUGCACACCCCUCAGAAAUAUAAAAGCAUUAAUAAAGGCAGCAGCAAUUAAUAUAAAGCUGAAUGUAAUAAUUUCUUGAAACGAGGUUGCUCUUAUUUCCUGGAAAGAGUCUCAUAAGUGACUUUACCCUUAGGCUGUCUGUUUGUGGGGUGCAUGUGUUUGUGCAUUGCGCAGAUAUAGAACCCCCCAACGUAUGAGAUGCAAAAUGGCCUUGGUGCUCUGUCUGGGGGCUCUGCUGACCCACUGCCUGUUUCCGUGCCCCAUAGCGAUUGGCAGGGCAGCCAAUGACUAGAUGACCCCAGGGCUCCCUCCUGACUCUGCAGUGAUUCUGCAAGUGAGGCAGGCAAGCGUUUGGUGGCACAACAGGUGCUAGGACAUUGGCCGGACAAGGGACACGCUCCCCCCGGGCUCCCCUUUCAAAGGGGUGGGGGCAACUUCCGCGCAGCAAGUGGGACGUUUAUUUGGAUGGGGCAAGCAGACGGGAACUCCUUCAGGUGUGUGGGCCUGAGCUACCUGCUCACAUAAGCACCUCCAUCUCCUAGGCAAGCUCAGGGUUGAAUCUAGCCUGGGUGCCUGAUGCCUCCCGAGUGGGUGGGGACUUGGCAAUGGAGACUGCUGGAGGGGCAGGCUCUGGUGGUAUGGGAGGGGCCCCCAUGGCUGGAGGCAAGGCUGGCAAUGAGCGCCUCAGACAGUAGGAAGGACCAGGGAGGGAUGACAUGGCAGCAACCCUUGGCUUGGAUUCCUUGCCCACUGUGACCCCUUCACAGAGCUGGAAGAGGACCCCCAGGGGUCAUCUAGUCCAACCCCGCAAUGCAGGUGCUCAGCCUGGGAGUCAUUCUGGACUCACAGCUGUCCAUGGAGGCGCAGGUCAAUUCUGUGUCCAGGGCGGCUUUCUACCAGCUCCAUCUGGUACGCAGGCUGAGACCCUCUCUGCCUGCGGACUGUCUGGCCAGAGUGGUGCAUGCUCUGGUUAUCUCCCAUUUGGACUACCGCAAUGCGCUCUACGUGGGGCUACCUUUGAAGGUGACCCGGAAACUACAACUAAUCCAGAAUGUGGCAGCCAGACUGGGGACUGGGACCACAUAACACCGGUCUUGAAAGACCUACAUUGUCUCCCAGUACGUUUCCAAGCACAAUUAAAAGUGUUGGUGCUGACCUUGAAAGCCCUAAAUGGCCUCGGUCCUGUAUACCUGAAGGAGCGUAUCCACCCUCAUCAUUCUGCCCAGACACUGAGGUCCAGCUCCAAGGGCCUUCUGGCAGUUCACUCCCUGCGAGAAGCCAAGUUACAGGGAACCAGGUAGAGGGCCUUCUCAGUGGUGGCGCCCGCCCUGUGGAAAGCCUCCCAUCAGAUGUCAAGGAAAUAAACAACUAUCUGACUUUUAGAAGACAUCUGAAGGCAGCCCUGUUUAGGGAAGCUUUUAACGUUUGAUGUUUUAUUGUGUUUUUAAUGUUCUGUUGGGAUCUGCCCAGAGUGGCUGGGGAAACCCAGCCAGAUGUGUGGGGUAUAAACUAUUGUUGAUAUUGUUAUUUUUAACAUUUCUCAAGGCCCACAUACAGCCUGCCAUAACCUGCUGGGUCCCUCUGCAGGGCCACCAACCAGCAGCUCCUCAAGCUCCUCCUCCCAGCCCUCAUCCAGAUCCGACCACCCUGUCCAGGGCUUCUUCUCGGGGAUCAUGACUCGAACCCACUGCCCCUGUUACCACCUGGAGGGGUGCUCUUGCGCUAUGGUGCAAGGACUAUUUGCGAUAUCAGAAAUUAGAGGGUUUCAGCAGGAAAGCCACGUGACAUGCUGUGAUGGAGAAUGAAGCAGUCUGUUCCCCCCUGAGUGCCUUGGUGCCAUCGUGAGUGCAGAACAGAGAGGUGAAUUGUUGCUUCCUGGCACUGGGCACUCUCUUGGUCCUGCAGCCAAGGGUUGCAUUAGCUUGCAUGCGCCUGUUCUGCUCCUGUUUGUAAGUGCACCCACAUUCGAUCUGUUCCCGCCUCCCCUCCCUGGAACAGCGGGCUCAGUUUUGCCUCUGCCACCAGAGCUUUCUGUAUAAUUCACGCCCCGACUAAUUCAGGAGGGAAAUGCCACCGCGUGCUUUGAGACUGUGGCAGUGGCAGGCGCAGAAAGCCUCUGCCGUCUUGCCAUCUUCUUGCCUGGUGCUGUUCUGGCCCAGCAAGCAGAGCCACUGGCGGUGAGGGAUCCGGCCCAGUUUUGUCAUGUGGAGUCUCUGGGUGUCUCUGACGUCUCUGCAAAGAGCAAAAGGAAGUUGUCUUUGGAAAGGCAAAAGUGCUUGUUUGCCUCCUCUCAUCCUUUGAGACAAAAAUGAGGUCAGGAGGAGUGUUGCCACCACUCAGCUGGGCAAGAGAAGCGGGAGGAAGAAGAGGAAACUGGGUUUCUCUACCCUCCCCACCGAAAUUUGCUGCAUCUGGGUUACUGCCCUGAGGGCAGUGUUCCAUGGGCUUUCUCUGAUCUCUUUCUCUCUCCUCCUUUUCAUUUUUUUUGUGUUAGAAAUAUCCGGCACCAAUUUCUCACCUCUUGGCAGCAGUGUCAUCCAACACUGGGUUCUGUGUGUGGGCACCUUCACUACCAUGCCAGGGCAAACUUGCCGUAGGCUUGAUAAUCUGGACAGACGGACGGAGCCGUUGCUCAGAGGCCCGGCUGCUCUUCUGUUCUCUUCUCAAGGGGUCCUGCUGUUCAGCUCAGUCAAGCAGCCGGUUGCACACUCAUCGAAUCAUAGAACUGUAUUGCUGGAAGGGACCCCGAGGGUCAUUUAGUCCAACCCCCUGUAAUGCAGGAAUCUCAGCUAAAGCAUCCAUGACAGAUGGCCACCCAACCCCUGCUUUAAAGAGUCUUUGAUGGUGUGCUGGGCCCAGGGGAACCCCAUGAAACGUGGUCCAGGUCCAGUCCAGAAUCCAAAGGUUCCUCUAAGAGUCAGUGUGACAGGCCAAGGCAGGACACGAGGCAGGAAACCAGGCAAGGACAGGUACAGGAUCUCAGGCAGGAUCUAGCAUACGGCAAUGUUGCUCUCGCAACCUGGGGCGGGGUCCGACAGCCUUUUAUCUCUGUCGGGGUAACGGCCAGUCCUGAUCCCCCGGCGACUCACCUCGCUGUCUUGCCCGAAGGUGAGCACUCCUCCGGUGAGUACUCAGGUCUCUCCUUCUCUCAGACUUCAUUCUCUGCAGCUCGGGAGACGUCGGUGACUAGACCCAGGGCCGCCUCAGCCUCCCCUGACCCAACCAGUAGUGGAGCAGCUGUAAGUGAUGGCCCAGCUGGAGGCAACGAGGGAAUCCCCGCAUCUGGAGCCAGGGCAGGCUGAGGCCCCUGACUCGGCCCAGCUGGUGUUUGCGUGGCGAGUUCCCGCCCCCCACCAAGAAUAAAUAAACACACGAGACACCAUAAUUAAGGUUAAUUGGGCGAAUUAGGCCACAACUUUAUUGAAUUCAGGAAUGAGAGGCAUUGGCUUAGGCAUUGGUCCUAACGACUAUCCGGCUCCAGCCCAUUUGCUGGAGGCACGGUGAAGGGUUAACACUGAUCGGGGGAGUCUCCCGCCAAGGCACGUCGACUAGGAGCUCCCCCGGGUCACCGCUCUGGGGCGUGCCUUUGGCCCACACCUCCAUAGGCUUCGGACAGGGCCACGCCCCGGAGUCCUUUAACGGACCACCCUUCGUUCACUGGGGGAGGUGAUGGCGUUCCUCCCCUAACACAUCCUCUUAACCCCUUCUUACCAAUGCCUACCGCCAAUGCCGAAGAGUUGUGACGAGUUGCUACGAGGUAGGCGAAAAACCAAAAGGCUGGAAAUUGCCAAUUGGGAAAAAUUCCUACCAUGCCCCAUGCGGCGACAGGCCGAAGCCCAUAGCAAAGUCAGACCUACCUAAAGCCCAACUAAAGGGAGGGAGGGUGGGGAAACGUGGGGCUAGCCGGAGAAGAGAGGGCGAGCCCCCUCCGCUCCGGCCCUAAAUAGGGCAAGCCACGCCCUCCAGCCAGCCGAUUGGCUGGCCGGGAGGCGUGGCCGGAUGGGAUUCCCCUGCUCUCGCGGGGGCUGAGACCAGCCCCCGCUCACGUGGGGAAGGGCGUGAUGCCCGCAACCCCACCUCCUGGGGCAGGCCUGGAAGUGGCUUUGCGUGGCGAGUUCCCGCCCCCCACCAAGAAUAAAUAAACACACGAGACACCAUAAUUAAGGUUAAUUGGGCGAAUUAGGCCACAACUUUAUUGAAUUCAGGAAUGAGAGGCAUUGGCUUAGGCAUUGGUCCUAACGACUAUCCGGCUCCAGCCCAUUUGCUGGAGGCACGGUGAAGGGUUAACACUGAUCGGGGGAGUCUCCCGCCAAGGCACGUCGACUAGGAGCUCCCCCGGGUCACCGCUCUGGGGCGUGCCUUUGGCCCACACCUCCAUAGGCUUCGGACAGGGCCACGCCCCCCGGAGUCCUUUAACGGACCACCCUUCGUUCACUGGGGGGAGGUGAUGGCGUUCCUCCCCCCUAACACAUCCUCUUAACCCCUUCUUACCAAUGCCUACCGCCACCGAGCAGUCGCUCGCCGCCAAUACUCUCAUGCCUGAAUCCACUCCCUUAUCCCCUUAGCAAUAUCCAUCAGCCAAACAUCGUUACCAGCAUCCGAAAGAUGCACGCCAUCAUACCGGUAGAGGGCCUCAAGGUUGAAACGAAUGCCCGGGUGGCCGAUGACCAACCCCCCCAGGGCUGCCACUCUACGCACCACCGCCCGAUCCAAGGCUUUCCUAGCCCUAUUCAUAGCUAUCGGGCACCUGCAAUCUCUCCAAACCCGCCUCUCCAUCAGCGAGGCCCAAAUAAUUGUGACAUUCGGGUAAGCUGCCUUCAGCUCCUCGAAGUCGCUAAAAAUGUGCCACUGCAAAUCAACUGCCUUCCUGUAGGCUAGGUCGUUUUCCCCCCAAUUGUAUCAGCAAAGCGUCUGGGGGGGCCCUCCACUGCUGCUCUGGCCUUAAAUGCCGGCAGCAUCUCGGCCCAGCGCAUUCCCCUCCGGGAGACCCAGGAAAUGGUGAUGUCAGGUGGAAAGCCCAAGCGUGGCCCGAGACCGGAAUUAAUGGCACGGACCCUGGCCCAAUGCACAAUACUGUGCCCGAUAAUCCAGACGCGCACCCCCAUGUCACCUGUAGGAAAUUGAGAGAAAAGGCCAUGGUCAAUCACCAUCACAAAUUCUUUCUCAAAUAACGUUUGUACGCAUCAGACUUCCAGCGACCUAAGUCCCUAAUCCUUUCUGCUGUAAGACCCAGGUGCAUUGCCGUGGUGGCUGCUCCAAUCCUGAAAGAGUGUGCUGCAAAAUCUGCUGCGGGGAUGCCGCAUGCUGCUAGCGCUAAGCGCAUGACCCGAGUGAACUGGUGACGCGUCAAAGGUAAACCAUCUGCGUGGAUCAAUAGAGGCCCUGCCGAGCUGACCCUCAGGGAUAAGAAGCGCCUCGUGUCUUUAACUGGACAUGGGCCAGGCAUGCCGGUGGCCAUCAGCUGAACCAGAGCCCCCCUCCCGUACUGGUCUGUUUUGGAGCUGCGUAUCCGUAUUACCAGGUCCUCCCGUGACAGGGUAACAUCGCUUAAAAGCAAGCCCCGGGAGAAACCGUGCCGACCCGCUUCAUAAACUACCUCACCCACGCGCAGAGCUCCAAAAAAGGCAAUGGAGUACGCCGCUGAAAAUAGGCGCGCCUCGUACUUUGACCAGCAUACUGCACGCAAUUUUUUAUGGAUUUGGGAAAGGAUGUCAAAUGAUAUCGGCCUUCUCAUAUCGCAGUUUGGGGGCUGUAGCCUGCGCCAACCCUCUAACGUCCUUCGUAUAACAAAAUCGUCACAAGGAUCUGUGGAAAAUACCGCCUUGCAAAAGAAUGAAAUUGCUGCGGCUUGAAGGUUGAGGGUUCUAGGGGCGCGGCCCAAGCGUCUUAGGUAAACUAGGUAAGAUAGCACCUCUGGCUUGACGGGAGGGGCAUUGCUCUUGAUGGCUCGGGUUUUGUCGCGGAAUUUUAAAAAAUCUGACCAAGCCUUCUUAUACGAUCUCAAAGUGGAAGGUGCCAAUGAGGCCAUUACUCCCUGAAUCACUUCUGGCUCCCAGGCCUCUGGUCCCCAUGCCUCUGGUCCCCGAGACUCCAAAGAUGUUCCGGGAAUGGCUGCGGCAGAAGCUCUGCAUCCGGUGCCAACGAGCGGAAGCGGUCCAUCUGAAAGCGAGAUAGGGCGUCCGCGAUGUCAUUAUUUACACCAGGCACAAAUUUUGCAGAGAAGUGGAUGUUGAGCUCUAAACACCGGAGAACGAAGGAACGCAGGAGGACGCCUACCCUUGGUGACCGUGCGACCUGCCUGGAAAGUACUGCCACCACGGCCUGAUUGUCGGUGUGGAAGCACACCCUAUGGUUACUAAAGGUUUCCGGCCACAGGUGCACUGCCACUACUAUCGGAAAGAAUUCCAGGAAGGUUAAGUCUCUGGUAAUGGGGCCCCUUUGCCAGUCGGCGGGCCAGCGCUGAGCACACCAUUGGCCCCUAAAGUAAACGCCAAACCCCAGAGAGCCCGAAGCAUCCGAAUGGACCUGGAAGUCAACCAGCAGCGACAAGUUGUCCUGCCACAGGGAAAUGCCGUUGUAGUUCUGCAAGAACUUCAACCAGACUUCCAGGUCGGACUUCACUUCCUUGGAUAGCCGUACCCUAUGGUGAGGGGAACGCAGCCCUGCCGACAACUUCGCGAGGCGGCCGCAGAAUGGGCGGCCAGGGGAAACCACGCGGCAAGCAAAAUUUAAGUGACCUAACAGUGACUGGAUUUGCCUGAGUGUAACUUUUCUUAGGGGGAGCAGCUGCCGAAUCAGGUCACCAAGCGCGAUGAGUUUUUCCCUGGGAAGUUUUGAGGUCUGAGCGACAGUGUCCAGCUCGAUACCUAAGUAAACCAUUGUCGUAGCCGGACCCUCAGUUUUGUCGGCGGCUAGAGGAACCCCCAGUUCCCCUGCUAAUGAUAUAAAGGCUUCAAGGAGCUCUGAGCACUUAAGCCUGCUAUUGGCCACGAGGAUAAAGUCGUCCAGGUAGUGCGACACGCCCUCGGCGCCGGUUCUAAAGCGAAGCGCCCAGUCUAGGAAGGUGCUGAAUGCCUCAAAGGCUGCGCAGGCCACAGAGCAGCCCAUGGGCAUUGCCUUGUCUACAAAAUACGCCCCCUCAAAUUUGAAGCCAAGCCACCGGAAAUCUUCCGGAUGAACUGGCAGGAGUCUAAAGGCCGACUCAAUGUCACAUUUUGCCAGCAGCGCCCCCUUGCCGAACUUGCGUAUGAGCUGUACCGCUUGGUCAAACGUGGCAUAUCUAACUGUGCAGAGUUCCUGUGGUAUCGCAUCGUUGACGGACCCCCUUUGGGUAGGAAAGGUUGUGGAUCAUGCGAUACUCACCGGGCGCUUUUUUGGGGACUAUGCCUAACGGGGAUAUAUGGAGGCCUUCAAUUGGAGGGACUAGGAAGGGGCCGGCUACCCUUCCUGCUUUAAUUUCCUUACUAAUUUUCUUUUGGGCGACCUCGGGCAUCUCCUCACCGAUUUUUGGUUUGGAGGAUCACCUGAAUUGGGGGGAAAGGCUACUGGGAUCCUGAAACCAGUACUAAAGCCCUCCCAUAAAUAUUGUGCUGCCGUCCUGUUAGGGUAAAGGUCUAACAGGUUUUUUAGCGGGGUCAACUUGAUGGGGGACCAGGCUAAGCCAAGACUGGAAUUACUGUCUGCCACCCUGGGGUCCAAAUGGCGCUCCGUGGCCACCUCUCGGUCCCUGGUUAUAGGCGCCUCUGCCACCCCGAAAGGGCUGCCUCCCUUUAAUGCAGGCAGUGGCUGGGUGGUUACCAAGGCAUUUUUCGCACUCGUGGCUGUACUUACAGACAGCCCGUGCACAAACCCCCUUGUUGUACUCCCAGCACAGUCGCCUCUGCUUAGCAGUGGUCUUCCAAGAUCUUGACGACUCCUGGGGCUUCUUCUCCACGAAGGGACCCACGUGCUCUGACCAGUAAUUUUGGUCCCUCAGAUCCCAGCGCGUGGACGACAACUGUGAUGCAUUUCUGCGGAAAUCUUCAUCAUAAUUUAGGGCAGCAAUAUCUCCCGCUAAAUCCCGUGCCCUCCUGACAUGAGCCAGGUACGCGAUCAAGUGCAUCGCCCGCUUUGGAUAAGCCGCGCUGACGACGCCCAUGAACACCUGGAACCCAUCCAGCCAGUUGUCAAAAGUACGUUCGGGUCUAGGUGUCCUGUACCUGCGAUUACCAUACUUGCGCUUCUUCUCUCCUUUACCCAUAAGCUUUGCUGGAGGUAUCAGUCUGAAUAUAUCUAUAAAGUCCCCAUUGAGGAUUUUAUUCCUCUUUCUUGGAGAUAAAUGAGAGCCUACGAUGAAAUCCGUAGACAGAUUAGUGGACGUUUUAACAUCCUGAACCAAUGCGCCAUCCUUCCAUUCAAGGGUCCCGUUAAAGGAUUUUCUGUAGGAAUUGGCCCUUCUCUCAUGCACCCAUAAAGGAAGCCCCACACAGUCCUCCCCGUGGCCCCAAUACUCCUCCCUAGGAGCAUCGCUAUCCGAAUCGGAAGAAGAAGAGGUACCUGAAUCAUCCUCUGAAUCCGAAUGCCUGCACUUCUUCUUCUUCUUUGAGGUGUGCUUCCUCUUCUCUUUCCUCUUCCCAGAGUGGCUCUCGGGUAUGGCUUGAUCCGGAACGGUGAUCGCCUGCGCUGCUUGCGUCCCCAGGGCUUCCUCGUCGGAAGAAGAACUUGAGGCACCCUCGGCUGGUGCCGUCUGUAGUGGCGGGUUCUGAAAGAGACUCGGAACACCUGGAUCCUUUUGCAGAUUAGUAGCCCCAGGACAAUGAACGCAAGCCUUACCCUUUCUGCCUCCCCUCGGGGCCCCUUUUGCCUUGCCCGGGACGGCCGACUGUGCCCGGGUAUUCCUUUUGGGCCGGGGUGUUGUCUCCUUGGCUGCUUUCAGCGCUGCCACCGUGGCUGCAGAAGUGCCGGGAAGAUGCACCUCGUUGAGUUGUGUAUCCGGAAUGAAAUCCUGUGUGAACGCUCUUGGUGCCUCCGGUACAGAUACCGCCACCAACGGUGCUGCUGCCGAUGGUGCCCCUGGCGCCAGCACUGGAGCCGCUGUCGCUUGCGCUGCCGGUGUUGCUGCCCCUUGUCCUGAAGAUCUAUGCCUAUAGAAGUCCUGAAACGCUGUGAAAAAGUCUGCCAAGGCUUGAGGGUUACUUGGGAUGACAAAGGGUUGGGGCUCCUCCUGAUUCCCCUGAGGCCCCCCAGAUGCAGUGGAGUUUACUUGGUUUCCUUGACCAGACAUAAUGCGAAUUAAGACUCUUGCUUACCCUGAUCAAUGACACACCAACCACGUCGCACAACUAAUGUGUGUAGUUUCAGAAGGAAACAGAGGCAGACAGUGAGCAGCGCAAUCCAGUAAAAGAAUAGCUAUGCGUUCAAAAUUAUAGUUGUUAUUGAUAUACGUCAAGUUUUAUUUAUUUAUUUAUUUAUUUGCUUUUUAAUUUUUAAUUUAUUUUAUUUAUUUUAUUUUGUUUUGUUUUAUUUUAAAUAUUAUUAUUAUUAAUAUUAUUACUAUAUAUAUAUAUAUAUCGAAUGCGUACAACUGUUUUUAGAUAGAAGGGGUGGGUGCUGUAGGCAGGGGCAGUAACUGCCCUUGCUCCUGAUCAACGAAAUAAAUUUAAAGCAAGCACCAAUUGAAAAAGUUGGCCAAAUGAACCAAAUUCCAAUUAAUUGAGACGGAAUUAAGUAAUUAACUUGGCAUGAAAUAAUAUAUACUGACUCUAAACAACACCCAAAGCAAUGAGGUAAAUUAAAUAACCAAAAGACUUAAAUCAACCAAAUAAAUCUAAUCACCAAUUAAAUUAAAUUGAUAUACAAUCAGAAUCCGGCGGCAAUUGAUUUGCCCUUUCACUUAGUCAACCAAAUGAAUUUAAUGUUCCAGCCAAAUGAAUUAAAUUAGGCUGCAAUUUCUAUCGCUCCUUAAUUCACUCUUUAAAUUACCUCCGAACCAAAUUAAAAUUUUUAAAUGCAGCAGCAACAAAGUAAAAUAAAGCGAGGUAAAGAAUAUCAACAAAGUAAUAUAAAGUAAUAAAGCAGUAAAGCAGUACUAGCUGAAUUGCCUUAUGCAGCACCUUGCAAAUUUAAAUUACUCCAUAAAUCACCCUUCAAGUUUGCCUCCAAACCCAAUUAGAGUUUUUAAAUGCAACAGAGAGGUAAGAUCACUUGUCCAGCAGUAAAGCAGUAAAGAAUUAUUAGCAAAGUAAAAUAAAUCAAAGUAAGAUCAAUCAAAAUAAAACAAAGUAAAAUAUAACAAAGUAAAAUAAUAUCAACAAAGUAAUAUAAAGUAAUGAAGCAGGAAAGCAGUGCAGGCUGAGUUGCCUUAUGCAGUACCUUGCAGAUCUAAACUGCUCCUUAAAUCUCCCUUUAAAUUUACUUCCGCACCAAAUUAGAAUUUAUCUAAAUACAACAGGGAGAUAAGAUCAUGGAGAUAAGCCUAGAAGUUAUGAAAAUCAGCCUCCUGUGCUUAGCCUUAGAGCAAUAAACAGCAGAAGCACUCACACUGAGCACUGAGUAUCCAAUUCCCACCACAGAGUGCCUCACCUAAAAUGGCCGCCGGGUCAAACCACGUGGUUAGCUCAAAAUGGCGGCCGCAACUUCCUGGUUACCAAGCAACACAGCUAUCAACUUCCUGUCCCUGGCUGCCAGCGUCCUGCCCCUGUGUUUGAAACAAUAAACCUCAACCCGGGCGCGCUAAAUAAAAUCAAAUCGGCAAAUCAAAUCAUACUACACCAUACACACCAGUCACAGGCCGACAGGCACACACCUCACUCCCUUUUCAAUGCUUCAAAACGAAGACCUGUACUGAUUUAAAGGAAUAUUCCCAGAAAAAUUGCCCCUAUUAAAAUGGCGGCCGCCCCCCUGGUCACGUGGCCCCUUAAAGGGCUAUUAGGAAGAGAUCGUUACUAAGCAACCCCGCCGCCCCUUCUCACUAGCUUCAGCGGCAAGUAACACACAGCCGGCGUGCUGCUAAAGGAUCCCCUGGACUCUCCCAGAUUUUUCAACUCACGUGUGUUCCCUGGCGCAGAGCAGCCGGUGCACAAUACCUCCUAGACAAGGACACGUCAGCUGCUACCGUUGCCUUUACCUCUCUUAAGCCGAUGUGGAGAAAAGCUGCGCUGAACUAUGCCAAGCAGCCUCUUUCAGACGAAAGGACCUAUGAGAAUAAAGCCCACCCCUGCGCUGCGAGUGAUUUCAGCCCGGGAAAGCUUGCAACUGAAGCUGCUCUGCGAGUGAUUUCAGCCCCAGAAAGCUUGCAGUUGAAGUGGAGCUUGGACUCCAGAAGGAAUUAAAUUUCCUUUAGUGAUUUCAGCUCGAAAUGCGAACAGCAGCUGCAGCUUCGCCCGGAAAGAUCAGUGCCUGCUGCACUGAAGCUCCACGUGGCAAAAGAAAAAAGGCUCCAACGACGACAGGAUCAGCUGGGAAACGUGGGGCUAGCCGGAGAAGAGAGGGCGAGCCCCUCCGCUCCGGCCCUAAAUAGGGCAAGCCACGCCCCCUCCAGCCAGCCGAUUGGCUGGCCGGGAGGCGUGGCCGGAUGGGAUUCCCCUGCUCUCGCGGGGGCUGAGACCAGCCCCCGCUCACGUGGGGAAGGGCGUGAUGCCCGCAACCCCACCUCCUGGGGCAGGCCUGGAAGUGGCUUUGCUGCAGGGGAACCUGUGCAGACUGGGGCUCUUCAGGAUCAGGCCCCAGAUUUGGUUCAGAUGCCGCCUGGGGCAAAGGAUCUGGUGCAGACCGAGUCUCCUCUGGUUCCGAGUCCGAGCCCCAGACCAUCACAGACAGAUUAGUCUUUGUACCCUUCCAUGGGGCAGAGGCGGGGGCUUAGUGAUAAGUGUGUGACACAGCCCCCUUUUGACUAUGUUUUCAUUUUUAUAGGCCCCCAUACCAACUGGAGCAAGGAAAUAAUUCCCACACACACACACACACACACACACACACACACACACACACCAUCCUUCCCUACACCACAGCAGCAUUAUUUUGCUACAAAUUGGAAAUUGAAGGCAGCAGAGUACAAAAGCACAUUGCCCCCAUCCCUGUUUUUUUUUUAAUUCUGCUGCCCUUAGUGCAGUUGCUUCAGCAAGAGAUGUGGGACAGCGAGAGGGUCUAGCCUGCGGAAGAAGGGCUUUCUCCCUGCUGCCUGGGAUUCUUGCAGACCUUGGGGACCACUGGGGUGGGGGAAGAGAAGGAUGUUGUUUGACAAGCACACAGAGUGCAACGAGAUUGAGUGUUUGGGGUGAUGGGGAGGUUCGGUUAAUUUCAUAGUGUUGCAGGAAUUUAUGCAUAGGUUGGGGGGGUUGCCCCUCCAGCAGAUAUCCUGCACAUGCAGCCCACUACCAAAAUCAGCACAAUCACUUUUGUGAUUUGUCCCCACAAAACACUUCAUCACAGUUUCUUCCUAUCUAUUCAAAGGGCCUUUGCUGCAGGAUACCAAAUGGAAGAAUUCACUGAUAAAUGUACUGGCUCGCUGGGAAAACUUCAGAAAUUCCUAUAGACAUGUGAGCUCAGCUACUCAGCAGCCCCUCUGCCUGAGGGAUAAUCCCUGGCAUCCUGAUACCUGAGUGCCAGACAGGUAGCCAUUCCAGGAAUAACAAACCCAGAUGAAGACAAAAGGGUGGGAUGAACUUGGCUGCGAAACAGUGAAAUGCAAAUAUCUCUUUUGUUCCACUUGAUGGGUGUUUGGUGGAGGGCAAGAGGAACGUGGGGCAGGGUCCAGGAUGCUCAGAUUACUGCCACCAGACCUCCCCUUUCAUGAUGUAACCGUGAUGUAACAUCUGGUGUCCUUGGUUUUUGUCCAAGGGAGCCCUCAGAUUUCUCUGUUAACAGUUGUACAUAGGUUGUACAUUGACAAUAAAAGUAUUAUUAUUAUUAUUAUUAUUAUUAUUAUUAUUAUUUCAAGCUUUGCUGGGUGACAGCUUGAGGCAGCUGCAAACAAGCAGGUUUCUGGUUGCCUAUUGAAUGUUCUGAGCCUUGUGUGUUUGGUGAAAACCACAGGAUGGAAGAAGGGUGCUCUUAAGCUGCUCAGGUCCUGCUUGCAAACUUUCCAUGGAUGCAUCUGGUUGGCCUCUGUGAGAACAGAGUGCUGGACUAGGUGGGUCUUUGGCCUGAUCCAGCAGCCUCUUCUGAUGUCCCAGAAGGGCAAGUGAGCAUCUGCACCUGGCUACUCAAUCUGCAAACGGCUGUGCUUCCCUCUCUCCCUUGCACAAGGUAGCGACUGGCCUGCGACACUUUGAGAAGAACUGGACUGAACAGGAGGAAGUUGCUGAGUUGCCUAAUAGAGGGAGCAGAGAGAGGCUUGGUCUGCUGACGGCAGGGAUUUUGUUGUUGUUUUUUGGUAGUAUGCAGCUGGACACAAAAUGUGGAAUCGGGAGAAGAAUUGUGCAGCUGGGAAGCUGAUAAUGUGCAGCUGGUGAAAUGCAGGACAGGACUUGACAUGUGUGUUUGUUGAGCACUUGAAUGACUGACAAUGCCAGGGACAGCUUGCACACAAAUUAUAGCAAGGUAGAAGGCACUCGGUAGUAUUCUCGUCAUUUCACAGUUGGCUUUUAUUUGUUUGUGAGCUGCCUCCAAGCUGCUGAAAUGAAAGGUGGUCAUAGCAGAUAGAUCGAUGAAGAUGUCGCCCCAGUGUGCGGCAUCUGUGGAAAAGGCGAACGCCAUACAAAGGAUCAUUAGGAAAGGAAUUGAAAGUUGGACUGCCAACAUCACCCUGCCGUUAUACCAGUCUAUGAUGCAGCCACACUUAGAGUGCUGUGUUCACUUGGGUCAGCUCAGCUCCGAAAGGAGAUUGUAGAGUUGGAAAAGGUUCGGAAAAGGACCACCGAGAUGAUCCAGGGGAGACAGCAGCUCCCCUGUCAGGAAAUGUUGCAGCGCCUGGGAAUUCUUAGGUUAGAGAAAAGGGGAGUCAGAGGCAACAUGACAGAAGCUUAUAACACUGUGAAGAAUUUUAUAAUUGAAGAAGAAUGGUCUACUUUAAAAAAAAAUUAUAGUCAAAUGAAAUCGCAGGUAUGAUUCGAGGAAGAAGCGGAGGAAGCAAAAUGGUGAAAUGUUGGUAAAUAGACAAUUCUGACAUAUAAAGACAUAAUGCAGUAGAAAAGAUUUGAGUACAAACACUGCGGAGGUGGGAGUGGGAAGUCAAUUUACGAAACAAUGCAAUUAUUUGAGAUGAGGAUCAUUGUGAAAAUGUUUGGAAAAUCUAAUAAAAAAUUACACCACAAAAAAGGAAGUGGGGGCAGAGUCUCCAGCCAGCUGCUGCCCCCGAAGAGUCUUCGGUUGGUUUUCCUCCAGCCCUGCACCAUCUCUUGGUCUUUGGCCAUAACCCACCAUAAAACCUUUCUGUUUCAGCCCUUCCCGGCCCCUCGCGAACAUGAAUGAUGCCAUGGUGACCCACAUGUCCUCCGGUGCCCCGACUCCAACGAAAAGGUAGGGAUGUGCACUCUGUGAGGGGUGGGAGAUGGGGGGCUCCUCUGGGGGCACUGCAGAGAGAAAGCUGAUGAAGGAGCAAAGAUGGCAGCUCCUGCUCUGAGUGUUCUGGAUAUUGCUAAAACCAGGUUUGACUGCUGGUGGUGUCUCUGCUGCUUGAGGUUUCCCCCCACAGCACAUUUGAUCCAUUUCUCUCCACCUGGAGGAGGCACUGGGGUUCCCUGCCAGCUGGGACCAGCCCUUCUCUCUCUCCCCACCCAAAACACCACCCUUCAGGUCUGAAUUCCUCCCCCCACCCCCAUGACCCGCUGUGCAGAACCUGAAACAAGUUCAUUUCCCAAAUGUCAGGAGGCAACUGAGGAGGAUAAAACCACAACUGACAGCUGGAGAGAUCUGGUUUGGCGUUUCCCAUUGACUCUCUGAAGAGCUUCCCUCCUUUCUUAGGCAAAGAUGAAUUGGAGUCUUCUUUUUAAGUUCCUUUCGCUUGUUUUUUAAUCAUCAGUUUUGUCUCCUUUUUGUCUCCUGCAUGUAAAGGCUACGUUUGUUUUGAUCUUGUCCCUUAAGUGAGUUUAAUGUACAGUCAUAGCUUGGGUUGAAGUAGCUUCAGGAUGAGUAUUUUCGGGUUGGGUCCUGCGGCGACCCAGAAGUAACUGAGUGCAUUACUUCUGGGUUUUGCCGCUCGCGCAUGCGCAGACGCUCAAAAUGACGUCACACGCAUGCGCGGAAGCGGCGAAUCGCGACACGCGCAGAUGCAGGUUGCGUUCGCUUCAGGAUGCGAAGGGACCUCCAGAAUGGAUCCCGUUCGCAUCCAGAGGUACCAGAGGUACUAAUUAUAAUUGUAGAAGGAUUAUCCUGACUGGGAUGAACGGUGCUUGUCUCUUACUUGGCCCAGGGAGCUACCUUAGACUAAGCAGGGACCAUUCUCCCAUUGGGUUUGAGCUGGCUUUGAAGACUUCUUAAGGGCACAGUGGAAAGGAAAAGAAAGAGGGGAACCUACUAACCAGGCAAUGUUCUCGAGUGGGCAUUAUCUGGAGCUCUAGGAAGGGGCUGGCUCUGGGAGUAACAUCUCCAUCUUCCGCUGCUCCAGCUUCUCAUCCCUGCCUGGGAGGAGGCGGCAGAGCCAGGAAGAGAAGGCGCAGGAGCAGCUGCAAUUGGGCAACAUCAGAGAGGGCACAACCCUGGCAGGACCAAGCCAGAACUGGCCCUAAGCUAAGGCACCAAAACGUUUGGUGUUCUUGGAGGGCUCGCACGUGGCUGAAAAGCACCAGGAAAGCCUGGCUGCUCUCCUCUCCUCUGGUUUCCAGCAACUGCUAUUCAGAAGCAUCGCUGCCAAGCAUAGCCAUUAUGGCUAGUAGCCAUGAGGAACCAUUACCCUCCAUGAAUUUGUCCCGUCCUCUUUCAAAGCCACCCAGUCGGGUCAGAGGAAGCGAGAGGCACCUGUCCCUGCCAGAGCAGCUCUUGCUAAGCAGCUAUGCCUUCAGCAGUCCUCCACCGACUUGCCCUGCCUGUGCCAUGUUCUCACGUCAGUUUUGCAGUUUUCACCUCCAAGGUUGAGGGAACGAGAAUGUUCUGUAAGAAGCACACACUUGAACAUUCAAGCAGCACCCGAGCUCUCUGUUUCGUGUAGGUUUCCUGCUGUCUCUUUCAGGAUUCAAGUGGAGGAGCAUGUUGCUGGAGCAAGUUUCUUCUCGUUCUUCCUCUCUCCCGCUUGUUCUUCUGCAGCUGCCCCCUUCCCAUCUAUCACAGGCUGCUUUUCUGACAUUUCCAGACAAGAGGGUCCAGAUUCUCCUUGCCUCUGCCCAAUUGCACAUUUUAUUAGAAGCCUUGCAGCUCUGAUGCCCACAUGCCUCUGUCCGGAGAGCAGCUUUCUCUUUUGAUCUAGGCCAGAGGGAGGCCUGCUUGACAUAUGCCGCCUUGUGAGCAACGCAGAUUCUCCUUCCACAGACGCAACCUGAGCUGGGGUGGAGCUGGAGCCCACGGCCUCGUGAACGGGAGUCCAGCCAGACCAUAAUGCAUCCAGCAGCUCGCUUUGUGUUUGCUCUGCCCGCAAAGUGAUGUCACGGCGAGUGUUACAAGCCCUGGUUACGACCGUGUUGCCUCGGAAUGGGGGGGCGCAAAGACAGGUUGUGGCCUUUUCUACUCCAGGACCAGAAAGCCGGUAGCGGAGCCUCAGGCAUCCCUGAACUCCUGCUUUUCUUACGAGUUCUGGUCUUACGAGAGAGGGAGAAACCAUUUGGGCAAGGAGACUUAAAACAGUCUUGAGAAAUGUAACACAUGAAGAUCAGACAGGAUUUCUACCCACAAGGCAACGGAGGGAUAAUGUGAGACCAGUGUUGAGUGUUCCUGAAUAUUUUGAAAAGCGUGGUGAUAAACAGAUAGCAGUGAGUUUCUUUAGAUGCUGAAAAAGCCUUUGAACUGCCUUUCUUAGAAUCUGACCCACGAGUUCUAGUCUUAUGAAAGAGGGAGAAACACUCUUUCCAUUUUCUCAAUGCCGUUCACAAUUUUAUUUACCUCUGCCAUGCACCCCCUCCCCCUCACCUUUUCUCUCUCCCCAAGAGCUCGAAAAAUUGUAAUUUUUCCUCAUGGGGCAGAUGUUUCAUUUCGUUUUCCCUUUCUGAACCUUUAAUUCAAGCCUCUUUGCUUGGGGGGCCACCAGCUUUUGGGAGCUUGUGCCUCUGCCACCCUGAAGUUCAUCAGAGGGGGGGAGUCAUUGGCUUGCAUUGCUUUUGUUCUUGCUUUUAUUAUGUAUUUCGUAUUUUUAUCUUGUAUUUUUAUGCUGUGAACUGCCCUGAGAUUUACAGAUGGAGCGCGGUAUACAAAUUUUAAUCAUCAUCAUCAGGGUGAAACAUGUCAGCACACAACCACUAAGUUAAAACCCAGCCCGUUACUAAAAAAAAAAGGCUCCCUGGACAAGUGAAAAGUUCUCCAUCUGUUGCUGAAAAGGCAUCAAAGUUUAGCGUCUGGGUGGGGAAGAUGAAGAGCCACAUGCCCCCUCCGCAAACAUUCACCCAGCUCAGCAGCAGCUCCCUCCAGGGGAUCCUUCCUCCUCCUCCUCUUUUGUCUUGCUCAAGAUGGGCCGUUGCCUCCUGGAAGGUCCCCCAUGAAUCUUACGGGGAGGGGGGCCUCCUUGUUUAUGGCUUUCCACUGCCGCUAAGCCCAGCUUUAUGGCGAGGCCAUAAAACACUGCAAGCGGCGAUUGAAGUCAGCUUGGAGGUGUAAUGCCUUUAAAGCAUGAUGCGGGGUCAGAGGUGAGCCUUGUAAAUAGUCUCAUGCCAUAAAAGUAAUUGGGGAAAGGGAGGCGCUCCAAAUCGGAGAACAAUCUUUGUGCACCGGGGAGAGAGGAGGCUGUGUCUAGAGCAGCCGGUUUGGUGCACCCCAGGAAUAGCUGGAACUACAACUCCCAUCACCCCUGACCAUAGUGUCUGGGGCUGAUGGGAGCUGUCCUCCAGCGACAUCUGUGGGGCACCAGGUUGGGAAAGUCUGGCUUAGAGCAGACAGAAGAAGAGCCUGCUGGAUCAGGCCAGUGCCCCAGCUAGUCCAGCAUCCUGUGGACGACCAGAUGAGUCAAUGGACUGGAGCACAAGGGCACUCUUUCCCCUCCUGCGGCUUCCAGCACCUGGGAUUCAGAAGCCUUGCUGCCUCUGACAGUGGGGGGCAGAGCAGAGCCAUCCUGGCUAGGAGCCGGCAAUAUCCCUCCCCCCCCCUCCUCCAUGAAAUUAUCCAAUCUCCGUUUAAAGCCAUCUAAGUUUAAAGCCAUCUAAGGGACACUGGUUGCGCUGUGGGUUAAACCACAGAGCCCAGGGCUUGCCGAUCAGAAGGUCAGCCGUUUGAAUCCCCGCAACAGGGUGAGCUCCCGUUGCUCGGUCCCUGCUCCUGCCAACUUAGCAGUUUGAAAGCACGUCAAAGUGCAAGUAGAUAAAUAGGUACCACUCCAGCCGGAUGGUAAACGGCGUUUCCGUGCGCUGCUCUGGUUCGCCAGAAGCUUAGACAUACAGGCCACAUGACCCAGAAAAACUUUCUGUGGACAAACGUCAGCUCCCUCAGCCAGUAAAGUGAGAUGAGCCCCGCAACCCCAGAGUCGGCCGCGACUGGACCUAAUGGUCAGGGGUCCCUUUAUUUUUAAGUUGGUAGCCUUCUGUGGGCUGUGCACUGCAUGAAGAAGGACGUCAAUGCAAGAAGACUCUUGAGAGUCCCAUGGACUGCAAGAAGAUCAAACCUCUCCAUUCUGAAGGAAAUCCGCCCUGAGUGCUCACUGGAAGGACAGAUCCUGAAGCUGAGACUCCAAUACUUUGGCCACCUCAUGAGAAGAGAAGGCUCCCUGGAAAAGACCCUGAUGUUGGGAAAGAUGGAGGGCACAAGGAGAAGGGGACGACAGAGGACGAGAUGGUGGGACAGUGUUCUUGAAACUACCAGCAUGAGUUUGACCAAACUGCGGGAGGCAGUGGAAGACAGGAGGGCCUGGCGUGCUCUGGUCCAGGGGGUCACGACUAAACGACGGCGGACACGACUAAACAACAACAACAGGGGAAGGAAGGGUGUGAGGAGCUGCUGCUUAAGAGACAAAAAGUGUCAAGGGGCAUGUCUUUGCCAGAGCGGGGAGAGGUGGAAGCAAGCAAAUCUUGUUUCCUCAGCCGUGUGGCAGAGAAGCAAAGGCCUCUCCAUUUGUGCACUGAGUCUGGCCCAAGUGAGCUGGAAGCAGAGGCUGCUCCGGGGUCUCUCCUCAUGAUGGCACCAUUUGCGCCAAAGAGGCGGGGGAGCUCCUGCUUAGGCACACCUGGGGCAGUGUUUGCAUUUUGCCUCCUCAAGUGCUGCCUCCUCCUCCCUCCUUGCGCAAGAGUCUCAUUUUGCAGAAACACGGCUGCUGUUUGCCUGCAGGUUCCAGGUGACAUGGGCAAAUACAGGAAAAUCCAACUCUUUCUCCUUGCCACCGCGAUUCCACACUCUUUCCAAUGAGGUUCCUGCACAUUUCCUUCCAUGUUUUGCAUGUUUUUAAGUUUCCUUAUUUUAAUUGUUGCUUGCCAUCAUUUGCAAUUUCCCGAUUGCCCUCAUCUUUUUAUUUCUGUCGUGUUGUUUUGCCUCCUUUGCCCCCCCCCCCAGGUUGCACUACAGCCCGGCCCCCUCCAAGCGGCUUAGGGAUGAGCAUGCCCUGAUCGCAGCCUAUGUGAGCCAGCUCCAGAGUGGCGCACGGUCAGUCUUAGGAGAGGGGGGAGGGCAGGGGGAGCCCAUGAACAUGGCAGCACCAUGCGCAGCUGUGCCCAAAGCCUGAGUAGCAGCUGGACCACUACAUAAACUGAAACUUGCACAUGGAGAAGGACCAUGACCCUGCAGCACUCAGUGCCCCAAAGGGUGCGCGUGCAUGCGCACAUGGCCCAAAGAGGGUUAGUUUUUAAAACCGCAUUCUUUGUAAGCAACUUAAUGAAAAAAGCUUCUAAAUGCUUUUUGAGAGUCCUGAAAUACUGAGCAGUUCCGGAUGAACCAUCUGUAGCCCAUGGUUCAAACAUGUUUAUUACAGGGCUCUCUUUCUUUCCUGCCUAAAUUUGCUGAGGGGUUUCCUCUGCGAUGAUGACUAUUUCACCUUGAUGCAUGGUUUCAAAAUGAGGAAACAGCCUUUUUUGGGGGGUAGAGGGAGCCAUGAUUGUAUUUGUAAAACAUGCAGCCUGGCUGUGCUGUGGGUUAAACCACAGAGCCUAGGACUUGCCGAUCAGAAGGUCAGCGGUUCGAAUUCCCACAACGGGGGUGAGCUCCCGUUGCUCAGUCCCUGCUCCUGCCAAUCUAGCAGUUCGAAAGCACGUCAAAGUGCAAGUAGAUAAAUAGGUACCACUCUGGCGGGAAGGUAAACAGCGUUUCCGUGCGCUGGUCUGGUUUGCCAGAAGCGGCUUAGUCAUGCUGGCCACAUGACCUGGAAGCUGUACGCCAGCUCCCUUGGCCAAUAGAGUGAGAUGAGCGCCACAACCCCAGAGUCGCCUGCGACUGGACCUAAUGGUCAGGGGUCCCUUUACCUUUACCUUAAGAGCACAGAAGCAGCAGCAAAAUUCAGUUAAACGGCAGCAGCAGCAAGGCUGUUUCGUCCUUUUGAGUUUCAGAAACAACCUCCUUUCAUCUGCUUCGAACUUGGUGCGCCAGGAGCCCAGCACAUGGGUGCAUGAGGCUCUGGUUUGCAAAACAUGUGCUCACCAUUGUGUGCAGAAAUGCACACCCUCCCUGACCUAGCGAGCAGCUUUUUCACAAAGGAAAGCCCAACGGAAAUGAAAUACACACCAUCACUUCCUCACCCCACACCUUCUCACACACAGCCCAACAGCCAGGGUACGUCUUUCCCAGAGGAAUUAGGGGGAUGCCACCUCCCAGGGCAUCUUCACCCUAAACAGAAGUUGGGACCCAAUUGUGUUUAAGAUGGAUCUUCCGUUGGGUUCACUUCUGCUCGGCAGGACAUUUGGUUGCUGCGUCAUUUUAAACAGGUCAAGUUUCGUUCCUUUUUAUUUUUACGCACAGGAAACCAUCCCAGAUGACUCUGCCACUCCUCUGGUUGGUGCUGCGUCCAAUCAGUUCUGGUUUGCCACAGCUGAAGCCCCUUCAGAUUUACAGCCUGAGCUCUCAGUCCAGUCCCUGCAUCCCAUUUCUUCUUCUGAAACAUAAGACUCCCAUUGUCCAAUUCCUCUUUCAAGUUGGUACCAGCCGUAUAUUCCUGAGGCCUUUUGCAGACUCCAGCCGGCUCCCUGUUCCCCACUUUGCUCUGGCCAUUUUGUCAUCUUUGUAGCGCUUCAGAUUUGCAAAGCGCUUGGCAGCUUGCCCUUGCAAAACAAACAAACCCACGUUAAAACCAGUUAAGACAAACACAAGCUGUAAAAGUUUAAUAACCCAUCAGAGAUUCUUCCAGAUCCCGCCUCGCUAAAAAGAGGCCCCAAAUCCCCAGACAUUCCCCCUGCUGCAAAGGCAGGGCCACCACCAAAAAGGCCUGCCCUCAUUUGCCACCCUCUGGACCUCCAUGAAGAAGGGCCUCAGUUGACGACCGCAGGGUCCGGCUUGGUUCACAUGGGGAGAGGUGGCCCUGGAGCUUUUUGGGGUUCUGAGCCACAUAAGGCUUAGAGAGAUAGAUAAUUUAUUAUGGUCAAAGACCAGCUCGCAUAACACAAUAACAACAGUGUUCAUAAAGAUAAAAUAUACAAUCAGAGCAGAUCGCAGCAAUAGCUCAUGAGUUAAAGUUGAAAUAUAUACAUACACCUGUACAACUGAGAUUUGGGCUACCAUGAAAAUUGACCCUGAGGCACCCCAAAGGGCGACUUCAGCAUUUCCCUAGUAAGCUAUUUUAUUCUAGAGGAUGAUCUGUGCCUACAAAUCUGGGCAACUGAUAGGUCAAAACCAGAAUGCUGACUUGGGCCUGGGAAGAACUAGCCCACUUUUGAUGCUGGUGUGGCAGGAGGUAAGGUGGGAGGGCCCUGACUCCUGCCUGGCGUUGGGCAACUGCUGGCUGCCUUGCCUGACUGGCGCUCACGCUUGUUGGCUUUCUCUCCCCGCCCCCAGCAGCGUCCUUGACAGCCCCAGCCGGCUGGACGAGGAGCACCGACUCAUCGCCCGCUACGCUGCCAGGCUAGCUGCGGAAGCUGGAAAUGUGGUAAGCAGCCAGUCUGGCCCCCUCUCUUGCUAACAGUUUCUCUGAUGGCUGUGGUAUGCUCUGCUGCUGCUUCCCUGGGCAGGUGAGCUGGCAGCGCUCGGCUUCUUCCGAAACAUGCUGCAGCAAUUCAGGAGGAGCAUUUUACGUGGCUGAGUCUGUGUCCCUCCAGUCAAUUUCGUCACGUUGCACCACAGGCGUGGCGCUCAGAUUGGGAGUCACAUAAUUAGUUGGAGGCCACGCUGGAGCCACGCAGGCCCAGUGUCCCCAGGGAGGCUGCCUUCCAGAGAGUCAGCAUAUUGGAGCAAAGAAAAUCUUGUAUGCUUGCUUACACUUCACGGUGUUUUCAUGCUGCCCAUUAAGAAUAGGUUUUCUGGGUGGUGUACAACUUUUCUGUUAAAAAACAAAACAAAAAGCCACACCAUAAAAUAUCAAAAUACAGAACAUAAAAAGGUUAAGACAGCAUCAAAAUUAAAUCGAUAGCGGACAACAGUAGCACCCCCCCGGGUCCACAAAGCGCUGAAGCGUGUUUUUAAAAAGCCUGGUGAAGUUUCUAAAAAGGUUGGAACUGGAAGGACCACAACGCAGGCCCCAGGUGAACCUCUCUGGGGAGGGCAUUUCGUAACUAGGGUGCCACCACUGAAAAGACCAUCUCCUUAGUAGCAACUCCCAUAAGAACCCGAGACAAGCCAGCUGGAUCAACCCAUCUGGUUGGCCGCAGAGAGGGCAGAAUGCUGGACUACAAGGUCCAAUGGCCUGAUCCAGAAGGCUCUUCUUAUGGAGGAUCUGCCCCUGGGGACAAGGCACUAGCUCAGUCAGUAGAGCACGAGACUCUUUAUCCCAGGGUUGUGCGUUCAAGCCCCAUGUUGGGCAAAUAAUAAUUUUAUUAUUUAUUCCCUGCUCCUCUGGCUGGGUUUCCCCAGCCACUCGGGGCGGCUCCCAGCAGAACACUAAAAACAGAAUAAAACCUCAAACAUCAAAAACUUCCCUAAACAGAUUCCUGCAUUGCAGGGGGUUGGACUAGAUGGCCUUUGGGGUCCCUUCCAACUCUACGGUUAAACGACAACCUGAUCUGAUUUCCUUCCCCGUCUUUACCACCAUCUCCCCAGCGCUGUUGGUGACGGGGAGGGGGCUGCUCGCGUGGGUUUCAGUGCUGGGUCCUCGUUGAGCCCUGUGUGUCUUUGGGGUCUCUUGACAGCCACGCCCACCCACAGACCUGGGGUUCAACUUCGAUGCCAACAAGCAGCAGCGGCAGCUGAUAGCAGAGCUGGAGAACAAGAACAGGUAAGGGGGCUCAGGUGGCGUGGAGGAGGGGUGGCCGUCUGGCCUUCUUUGGGCUCCUGAGCAAGAGAUCUUCUCCCUUCCCCACUUUCCAUUGCUGCUGCCUCCUGGUGGGAGUUCUGUGGACGGAUGCUUUGACAAGGGGACAGCCCCACAAUGCAGCUGGUGAAUUUUGCAGUCCUUACGCUCCAUCAGCUCAGUGAAAGGUUUCAUUUUUUAUUUUUGCAUAAGAAAGUUGGGGUGGAGAAAAAUGAAGGCUUGGUGUUUUAAAGGGGCAUGCAAAAUAUUCAUGCCCUGGCAUGGCAAAGAGAGAGAUGGGGGAAGAGUCUGGACAAGGUCCCCUCUGUGCCGGACUCUGGAAGAAGACGGGGAUUGGACUGAUUGACCCCUGGGACCUCAUAAUAAUAAUAAUAAUAAUAAUAAUAAUAAUAAUAAUAAAUUUUAUUUAUACCCUGCCCUCCCUAGCCAAGACCGGGCUCAGGGCGGCUAACACCAAAUAUAAAAACAAUUGAUUGAAAUACAGCUUACAAAACAAGAUUAAAAGACAAUUAAAAUACAACAUUAAAACAUUAAAAUGCAGCCUCAUUUCAGUGGAAACGCAAUCAACUCUUCCAACUCUACAACUCUGUGGAAGUGGAGGGCAGCCCAUUCUGCCUCCCCACUGUCCUUGGGUCCACACCUGUUCAAAACUAGGCAUUCCACAGGUGGGUCUCCUAUAGCAUUUUUUUUCUAGGACGUAUCUCUACCUGAUACAAACCCACCCAAAAAUAAUUGGGUUGUGUGUGUGGAUUGUGCUGCAGAAUCCUGCUAGGUGGUCAGAUUGCAGCCCAGCCAAGGCCAGAGUUCGCUGACUCCACUGACAUAUUAAACCCUGUUUAAACUCCUUCCCUGGGAGUUUAGAAAGCAAGAGGGCUAAUGCUGGUUUCUUUAUUUUACUUGCACAGAGAGAUUCUGCAAGAAAUUCAGCGGUUGCGGCUGGAGCACGAACAGGCCUCUCAGCCGACACCAGAGAAAGCCCAGCAGAAUCCGACGUUGCUGGCGGAACUGAGGCUAUUGCGGUAAGAAUGUAGGGGAGGGGCGGGACCCCAGGAGGGAGGUUGCUUGCACAAGAGUACUUAUUCACGCAGCAAACAGUUCAGCUGUGGAACUCCCUCCCACAAGAGACAGGGAUGAUUGCCAGCCUGGAUGGUCAGGGGGAAAACAAUGCUGUCCAGGGUUGUCAAGACUGCGGAGAGAAUAAUUGGGUGCACUCUUCCCACCUUGGAUCAAAUCUAUGCUUCCAGGUGCCAUAAGAAAGCUGCAGAGAUAGCGCAGGAUAGUGCGCACCCCAGAAAUGAUCUCUUUCAGCUUCUGCCUUCUGGAAGUAGGUCCAGGGUUAUAAAUACUAGGACUAGCCGCCUGAGAAAUAGUUUCUAUCCAAAUGUGAUUUUGGUUUUAAACACAGUGUAAGGUAGUCUCUAUGGGAGUAUAUUGUAUUCAAUUAUGGGGUCUCAGAGUUUUUAGGGGCAAACCAGGCUGGGAUAGCUGGGAUAGCAGGCUUGUUGGUCUUGAAAGACCUACACUGGCUCCCAGUACGUUUCCAGGCACAAUUAAAAGUGUUGGUGCUGACCUUGAAAGCCCUAAACGGCCUCGGUCCAGUAUACCUGAAGGAGCGUCUCCACCCCCAUCGUUCUGCCCGGACGCUGAGGUCCAGCUCCAAGGGCCUUCUGGUGGUUCCCUCACUGCAAGAAGUCAAGUUACAGGGAACCAGGCAGAGGGCCUUCUUGGUGGUGGCGCCCUCCCUGUGGAACGCCCUCCCAUCAGAUGUCAAAGAGAUAAACAACUACCUGACAUUCAGAAGACAUCUUAAGGCAGCCCUGUUUAGGGAAGUUUUUAAUGUGUGACAUCUUAAUGUAUUUUUGGUCUUUGUGGAAGCUGCCCAGAGUGGCUGGGGAAACCCAGCCAGAUGGGCGGGGUACAAAGCAAUUAUUAUUAUUAUUAUUAUUAUUAUUAUUAUUAUUAUUAUUAUUAGUUUCUGAAUGUCUGAUGUAGAUUUUUUUUCCAAUUUUGUUGUUCUGUAUGGGACAAUGACAGUAAAGAUUAUUGUAUCAUAUCGAUGGCUUGAAAAGAGGAUUAGAUGAAUUCAAGGAGGAGGUGGCGAAAGAGAGGGCCAUCUUAUGUUCUUCUGCUGGUGGUGGUUGGCAGUGGCAAGCAGACUGAGCAGAUGGCAGAGCUGUGCCCGUCUCUGAUUCUGUGCCACCUUUACCCAGGGCAGAGGGCUUUUCUUCACCCUCACAACUGACCUGCGAGGCACUAAGUUGCAUAAGUAUUCUGCCCAUGAAGAUUGGGAAGGAUAGGGGCCAUAUUUGCAGGCCGCUUGACCUUCUUUGAAUACCAGCGGAACUGCCCUUCUGACAAACUGGCGCUUCUCCUUCUCCAAACAGGCAGAGGAAGGAUGAGCUGGAGCAGCGAAUGUCCGCCCUUCAGGAGAGCCGGCGGGAGCUGAUGGUGCAACUGGAAGGGCUUAUGAAGCUGCUCAAGGUAAGGUCUGCCGGCGCUGGAGAUCCCCUCCUCAGCACCUGCCACAUUCGCAGCUCCCAGGCAGGCUGUGCAUCAAACCUGUGAGAAGCCCUUUCUGUCCUGCCUUAGGCUGAGUCAGACCAUCCUUUUCAACUGGCAGCACUGAUCAGGGUUGGACCCAGGCCUUCCAGCGCUCAAAGCGGGGGCUCUGCCUGCCCAUAAGCUGCAGCCCUGGCCCUUGCCCUGGGAGAAACCCCCUCCAGAGGGCUGUGUGUGAGAUCCGGCCUGCUCUAGCAUUCAGAAGCCCCUUCAUGCUUGGCCCACGGAGCCCCCAAGAAGGGCUGCCCUCGUCUCCCUCAUUGUCUUUUGUCCCUUCCGGCAGAGAAGGGAUUUGCCUGCAGCAUCUUCCAGGUGGCGUGGGUCUUUAGAGGUCCUCUAGUCCAGGCAUAGGCAAACUCAGCCCUCCAGAUGUUUUGAGAAUACAAUUCCCAUAAUCCCUGACCACUGGUCCUGUUAGCUAGGGAUGAUGGGAGUUGUAGUCCCAAAACAUCUGGAGGGCCGCGUUUGGCUAUGCCUGCUCUAGUCCAACCCCCUAGGGCUCAGUGAUGGAAAUCCAGUGCUAGAAGCAUCCUCUGUGCUCAGGUAUCUGUCCAGCGUCUGCCUGAAGACCUCUAGCAGGGGAGAUCCCAGCCCCCAGCCCUGCCCCCAACUCGUUCCAUUACUGCUUAUCCUUAGGAAGUGUUCCCUCCUGAUGUUUAGCCCAGUAGGCCCAGCAGGAGGAGAAGCGAAAGAGUGUUUCCCCUCCUCCUGUGGGAUGACAGCCUUUGGGGGGCUUAAAGGUGCUCUGCUGUGUUGGGGUGUGGAUAGAUGCCAGGAGAGGAUAUAUUUAUUAGAUAUUAUCCUUCCUUCCUCACAUUUGUGAGUUCAGCAGAGUGCAUCCCUUUGCAGCUUAACAGGGAAGCUUUGAUAGACUACUUUUAGCCUUUUCAUUUAAGGAUUCCAAGGUCCUUUAAGGCAGCCUGGAUUUUCCUGGUAUUUCCCCCUUAGAGCAAUAACCGCGCAGUCUUGUAGAAGGUAAAAAUAACAUUUACUCACUCAGAAUACCUGUCAAAGAGUAACCAAAUACAGCAGCUUUGUUCAGGCAGGCUCAAAAUAGUAAUUCAGUUACAAGGACAUAAGUAAAUCUAGUUUAAGUCUGAGCAUGGAGCUCAGAUGAGCAGGUGUUCUCACAUUGCUGGCAGAGAGGGAAGAGGAAGAGGUGAGAGGCAGUGUGCCCAGGCAGGUAAGAGAAAAUACAUGGCUAUGGCCUCUCCUUGUCAGGGCACAGGGGGAGUGUCUCUCACAGACAAGCUCACAGGAAUACGCAGAGCUUCAGCUCCCAUCAUGUGCCUAUCUAACAAAGCAGGAAUUGUUUGUUUGACUAUAUGUUAGAUAUCCCACAUCCUGUCCCCUGCUCAGUCCUCUGAGUGUUCCCCGAUCCUUCAGCGCUUCCUCACGUGUCUUCUUUCCCACCCAGAGCCCGGACCUCACUCCCUGCCCUUCCCUCUCCCUCGCUGGACCAGGGGCACCUAGACUCAGCCUGUAGCAUCCCUGGGAGGGAAGCCAGAGGCAGCCGUGAUGGUCUCACACACCGCAAGGCAGCAGCUCCUGCCCUCCUGCCUCCCUUCCCUGUGUCCUUCUCCGCCUCCUCUCUUGGUGUCCUUGAGCGUCAGCAGACGUGGGGGUUCCUCUUGGGGAUCCCUGCCUGUGUCCGUUCCCCCCGUCCUGAUAAUGAUUAACUGUCCUCUCUCUUUCUCUCACACCUUUGCUUACUGCCAACCUUUAUAGGAAGAGGAGCAGAAGCAGGCAGUAAGUUGAUACCCCGUGAAUCUUUUCUUCCCUUUGGUUCUGCAUGAAAUGACUCUGUGCGGCACUUUCUCAUCCUGGUGGGGUUUGGGUGCCCAGGAGGCAAGUGGGGCAGAGCCACCUUUGGGUGCCCAGGGCAGGAUGAGGGUCUCCUGCCUCCCGCAGAGUGUGGGCUUAUUAACCCUUGGCACACCGGCUUAAUUUCUCAAUGUGUUUAUUUCCCAAAACGUAAGACUAACGAGCCAGUCCCAGUUUGAUUUGCGUGCGCGUGCGUUUAAUGAAAUGUGCAUGAUUGACAAGACAUGGAAAUGCAGAGAUCCUCCCAUGUUGCUCUGGUUGCUUUUUCUGCCCUCAGGCACCUCCUUGCAUUCUCCUUCCUGGCCACGCGCACGAGUCCACGCAUGGAAACAGACAGCCCUGUCUGGCCCUGCAUCCUGCUGCCUUGACAAGCCUGGCUCAGCAAAAACUGUUUCUUCCAGGGUGGGGGGCUCCUCCAAGAGACCUCCUUGUUGAGCAUCCGUCUUGGUUUGUUUGCACAGGGAUUAUGCAGAGGUCCAGAGACGAUGCAAUAUUCAGAUUGGUUUUGUGUGGAGGUUGCAUGACAAGGAGCGUCUGUCCUGGUCUGCUUGUGUGGGUGGAGACUUUGCUCUGUCCCGGCUCCUGCCAACCUAGCAGUUCGAAAGCACUCCAGUGCAAGUAGAUAAAUGGGUAAAGGAUCCCUGGUGGCGCUGUGUUCUAAACCACUGAGCCUCUUGGGCUUUCAGAUCAGAAGGUCAGCGGUUCGAAUCCCCACGACAACGGGGUGAGCUUCCCUUGCUCUGUCCCAGCUCCUGCCAAACUAGCAGAUAAAUAGGUACCGUUGUGGCGGGAAGGUAAACGGCAUUUCCGUGCAUUCUGGCUUCCAUCACACUGUCCCGUUUUGCCAGAGGCGGUUUAGUCCUGCUGGCCACAUGACCCAGAAAACUGUCUGCAGACAAAUGCUGGCUCCCUUGGCCUGAAGCGAGAUGAGCGCCUUUGACUGGACUUAACCGUCCAGGGGUCCUUUACCUGUACUCUUUUUUAAAACCUUCUCUGUCACUUGCUUAAAGGUAAAGGUAAAGGGACCCCUGAUCAUUAGGUCCACUUGUGACCGACUCUGGGGUUGUGGCGCUCAUCUCGCUUUAUUGGCCGAGGGAGCCGGCGUACAGCUUCCGGGUCAUGUGGCCAGCAUGAUUAACCCCUCUUCUGGUGAACCAGAGCAGCACCCGCCGUAGCGGUACCUAUUUAUCUACUUGCACUUCAUGCUUUCGAACUGCUAGGUUGGCAGGAGCAGGGACUGAGCAACGGGAGCUCACCCCGUCGCAGGGAUUUGAACCGCCAACCUUCUGAUCGGCAAGCCCUAGGCUCUGUGGUUUAACCCACAGCGCCACCCGCGUCACUUGCUUAUCUGACACUUAUUGGUGCAGAUGGGUGCCAGCCAACCAUUUGUGCAUUUCCCCAUCACUUUCCUAACUGCAAAAAAUACUUUAAAAAAAAAGUAGACUUGUUGCCCCAGAGUGCUCUAAUCCACAUUAAUUGCAUAGACCUAAACUUCCAGUAUGCAGCUGAAGCCCUCCAGCAAAAAACUGACCAUCUGCAGGAGACGGUCCCUCCCCCCCUUAUUCCUGCCCGGCAGUUAACUCCGAAUCCCCUGCAGAGGGAGCCAUCCUUCCUUCUUAAGCAAGCAGCCUUUGGUGCCUGUGCAGCAGGAUGGAAGCCGGCUGGUGGAAGCGCCAAACCUCUGGCCUGCUGGGGCUUCCCUUGCGGAUUUGCACAUCUGCAGUGAUGUGCAGGUCCCCCAAAGACUGGGUUUUGGGAAGGAGAAGCACGUUUUCUACAUCUGUUGCAAAAAUCUCCAUAAGCGGUGCAAAGAGGUGCCUGGAAGCCAAGAAUGGACACUUCCCUUCCCUGUUGAAGCCUGGCUGACCUCCUGCCUCUGCCAGGCUUCAAAUGCACAGAGCCUCCUGAUGGCUUCACAGUUUUAAUCUAUCGUCGUUUCUGGUGAGCGUUCACAUCUGUCGAGUGCUUCCCCUUUUCAUGACACCUUAAUGAUGUUUAUGGGGCUACUUCUGGGUUCAGCGCCGUGCGCAUGUACGCAAUCGCACGUCAUUCGGAUGCGUCUAAAUCGGCAGUUCAUUUAUUGUGAAAGAUUAUGCAGCUGCUUCUACAGCACCGGAUCCCAACGCACAUCAAUGUAGCAUCUAGGCAGCUAUGCCCAGAUCCGCUGUCUGUGGAGCCGUUACCACAACUGGGGACCACUCUCCCCUCCACCAGUUCGUGUACCUUCCCCUGACGGCCUGUGCACAUACAGCCAGAGACUGUGCCUGUGUGGAAACUUCCUCUGCUCUUCCCACUUCAGUCGCCUCCUGGUUCUGGGAGACGGGAUGCAGGAGAGGUUGGGCAAGCCCCUGGCCCUUCACUUACUUCUUCCUCCUCUUCUUCCAACCCCUCCUGUGCUCCACCCUCCAGCUCUGAAGCUUCCCCUGCCGCUGCCUCUUGCCUCCUGGCCAGCACAGGUCCCCACAAACCACUGCCCCCCUCUCCCAACUCCAGUCCACACUCAUCAACCUCUUGCCAGCCCCUGACAACACCUGUUGAACAAACAGAAAGUGGCAAUUUUGGUGUGUCUUACUUGGCAUCGAGGGGGACGCGGGUGGUGCUGUGGGUUAAACCACAGAGCCUAGGACUUGCCGAUCAGAAGGUCAGCGGUUCGAAUCCCCAUGAUGGGGUGAGCUCCCGUUGCUCGGUCCCUGCUCCUGCCAACCUAGCAGUUCGAAAGCACGUCAAAGUGCAAGUAGAUAAAUAGGUACCGCUCCGGCGGGAAGGUAAACGCCGUUUCCGUGUUCUGCUCUGGUUUGCCAGAAGCGGCUCAGUCAUGCUGGCCACAUGACCCGGAAGCUGUACGCCGGCUCCCUCGGCCAGUAAAGCAAGAUGAGCACUGCAACUCCAGAGUCGGCCACGACUGGACCUAACGGUCAGGGGUCCCUUUCCCUUUACUUGGCAUGGAAGGAGCACAGGGGAGAGACCUGCCCUGCCCCCUUUUGCAGUUCCUUCCCAGGCCCCCUGCAAAGCCACUUCCCCAAACCACUUGCACUUCCCUGCUAUUCUGGUGGGAACAACCCCCUGUCCAUCCGCAAGGCAAAGCAAACUUUGCCUUUGGUCAGAUUGCAAAGAGGCUCUUCCCCAUGUGACUGCUGGCUACUGACCUUUGCAACAACCCCUGGAACAUGGCCGGGCUGUCUGGCUGCUACUAUCAAGCAGCCACCAAGGGGAAUUGUCUCUCCUGCUUAUCAUCACAAAUAGCCCCCAGGGUGGAGAGAAUACAGCCCCCAACGCCUGCACACCUGGGUCUCAUAAAAAGCUUCGGAGUUAAAUAUUGACACGUUUCACUCCAGAAUGUGGAAGAAUGGGCUGUCCCUUUCAAGUGAGCUGCCUGCAGACUUUCGAAACUCCCAUUUCUGUCUCCUGGGGAGGGCCCAGGGACCGGGGUAAGCCCCAAGGAGUUUCCAUGGCAGCCUGGCUUGUGGGGGUGGGGUGUCCCCUGGUCUAGCUGUGGGAGGAGAGGCUCCCCAUAGAACUUAAGGUGGGUUUAUUUUGAGAUCCCUGUAUUUCAGAAGGGUUGGACUAGAUUACUCAGGGUCCCUUCCAACCAUACAAAUCUCUUGCUGAGAAGGGGAGUUAAAUGGUGGAUUGUAUGUUGUAUGUGAUGUAAAGGUGCAAGGCAGGUAGAAGGGGAGAGAGAGAGAGAAUGUUUCUGCAAGCACCGAGUUAACAGUUUAUUUUUCCAAACUAGAUUUGGGAAAGAGGAUCUGCUCCCACAGAUCCAUUUUUCCAUGACAUCAUUGUGUGGAAGUACUCAGUGCAUCCUGAGUAGACUGCAAUUUGCCACGUCCAGAGAAACCUGGAAACGUGGUUUGGAUCAGCUCUCUGUCACAGGCCUAGAGUCGGAGUGUUCACCAAACUCAUUCAGAGCACCGAGUCCACAGAAAAGUUUCAGUGGCCACAUAAAGAGCAAUUGAUCCUGGGAAUUGGCCCCUCUCGUCCUCCAGGCCAGGAGCCCCCGGUUUCUCGGCAGAGCCUUUUCCCACCUCUCCUUUCAGCAGGGUUUGUGGCUGUUCCCUUUAUCUCACCAGAUGCCCCCACUUCCCCACUGGUACCGCUUCUUGAAAAACCUUAGGAAUAAGCAAGGACUGGAGCCCAGGGUGCUUUUAGCCUGGGAGCCAUGAAGCUCUGCUAAGCCCCCAUCCUGGCUCCUGAACUGUAGGAGGCCUUCCUGGGAAGCUCUGUGGGCACUGAGAACCAAGGAGGAGCCCUCAGCGUUGGUGCAGAGAAAGGCCUCUUGGGCUCAGCUGCUGAAUCCCACGGGAGAAGAGCCUGGGUGGGGAGCAAGGAAGCAUCACAUGACCACUGCGGUGGGAGACUUCUCUGUAUUAGGAAUCCAGUGGUUUUUUUGGAUUCCUGGUCCUAUAAAGCGGAAAGAAGAGAACUCUGAACAAGCGGGGCUUUGUGAUGUUGGGUUUGGCACAGCUGCCUAGUAUCUGAGGGAGAAGGGUCUUCAGCCAAGCUGCUGAAUGGGGCUGGAGCCUCUGCGUAGAGGGGGGGGUGGGCUUAGCCUUGGAGAUGCUUUAGCGGGGUAUACAGUGGCCUCGAUCCCUGUCACAAAGGCCAGACGUUGCUGCAGAGGAAGAGGAGGAAGUGAUGUUUGCUGACAGGUUACUCAGAAGAACAAGCCUUGCUGAAGAAGCAGAGCCAGCAUGGCUUCUGCUCAAGCAAGUAUUCUCUCUAUUUGAGUUAUUUGUGAGCGUCAACAAGCACAUAGAGGUGAUCCAGUGGACAUUAAGGUACAUGGGUUUUCAAAAUUCUUUUCAGAAUGCACUUCACCAAAACUCCCGAGUAAUGGAAUAAGAGGGAAGGUCCUCUUGUGGAUCAGGAAUUGGUUACGGAGCAGAAAACAGACAGCAGAAAUAAAUGGAUAGUUCUCCAAAUGGAGAGAUGUAAAAAGUGGCUUUUUGGGGGGGUUCUGCCCAGAGAUGCCCCUCAACUGAUCCGAAGGACGUGCCCUUUCCUCCUCCCCCUCCCUGGAGGCACAGGGGGCCAGUCUUGCGACUCCCAGUUUGACCACAAUGGCAUUGGGCACUUCCCAGCACGUCAGGUGUGUAGUGAUGGUCAGUCCCGUGCGCAAGGGGUGUUGUGCUGUGGAGCCUGCCUUGUCCUCCAUAGUUCACCCUGAGCCAGAGGGAGCCCAGGCGCCCUCAGGGCUCUCACUUGGGGGCAACGUUUCUCCGAAGUGCUUCUGCUGACCAUGUGGCUGGUUUCUUACUCCGAUCCUCCUGUACCCAAAGAUUUCUGCCUUGUCUCGGGCCCCUGCACAUAGCUAGCCGUGCCAGGAAGCCGCCAUGUUGACAACUUCCUCCAUGAACCUUGGGAAGACGUUUGGCCUCCCACAAGCUUCCCCACACUUCCGCAGAGACCACCAGGCCCGGGGCCAGGGCCUUUGCUUGCCCACAGAUGCCGUCCUGGUGAGGCUGAAACUUCCCUUGAGAAGAUGGAGCUCAGGCACUGGCUGUAGAUCAGGAACUGUGUUUGUGCUUGUGCUUUUAACUCAGGUGAGCUGGGCUUGCCCUGCUUGUCUGGAUGGACUCCUCUGGGGCAGUUUCAAGCCUCUUUCUGUGGGUCACUUUCUCUCUCUCUGAACAUGGUGCUCUCCAGACAGGGUCUGGCCUGUGCCUCUGCGGAGCCAGGGCUGGACGUCUUGGGCUGCCUUUGGCCCCUUCUCCCUGACGGGCCGGGCGCUCCAUGCCCUGCCCAGGCAGCCCUGCUGGAGGGCAAAGGACAGUGGCGGCCCCUUCGCUCAGAGGACCCCUCUCUGUUCCCGGACAGUCGGCACUUCCCGCUUCACACAAGUUAAUCAUUAGGGCUGCGAUGGAGUUUGCCUUCUCCCUGCCAUGGAGCCCCACUCCCGCUUUGCAAGGGAGGAGCCUCUGCCUCGUUUACUCUGGCCUGGAACCGUUGCGUGCAGCCAAGGGGAAGGAGCGAGGGCUGAGUAGGGGGUCUGCAGGCCCUUUUCCCAAAAAGCCAAAUGAGCUGCUUCGCAUUUCUGCCGGGCUCCUCUCUCGGGCGUGUGCGUGCAAGCCCUGCUGCUCUGUCCUUGACGUUCUCCGCCAUCUUAGCUAUUUCUGGCUCCCUCGUCCUGCCGCCACGGCGGCAGCAGCAGCCCCCGCACCACCCAGACUCCCCCAGCACCACAGCUGCUGCAAAGGCCCUGGACGGAUGAGCUUGCGUGCCGGCGCGCUUUAAUUGAAUUACGCAAUUCUGAGCAAUUAAACGCAAUCUUCUGCCUCGUAAUCCCGUCGAUCCUGCCUGCUUCCCCCCUCCCUCCUUCCCAUAUGUUUGAUUAGACAGCUGUGCUUUUUUUGGGAGCUGCCGGUGCGAGCAGAGGCCCAAAAUAGAACAUGCGAAAUGGACGGUGCACGUCUGCCUGCCUGCCUGCCUGCCUCCUUCCCUCCCUUCCUCCGCCCCCCCCCCUACUGUACAUUGCUGUCCGGGUGCCAGGAGCACAUUCUGCGGCCCCCUCUCCUGGCUGCGCACACAAGCACCUUUCCCUCUGCCGCCGCCAAGGCGUUUCUGCGCAGCCCUGGCGAAAGGCAGCAGCCGAGAGGGUGAUGGCGCUUGUUUUGUUUAAGCAUGCAGCGGCAGAAAGCAGGGAAUUGUCCUCCCAGCCAUCUGCUCACCUGGCUGCCUUCCAUUCGCUCAGGAGACAGCGGCGUACGUGGGGACGAAGAGCCUCUUUCACUCCGUUGCCAUGAUAACAGGGCCGGUUUCGGAGUUUUAGCAGGGAAAGGGUUAUUAACGCUUUGGGGAGAAGAAAGGUUAUUAGGCUGCUGGAGUAACAGGGAUUGUUCCUGGAAGUUUCGCAGCAACGCACAGAAAGGGGAGACCAGAAGCACGAAGGGCCCUUUCGGAGGCAGGAGCCGCAGCUGAUGGGGGCCACGAAUAGGAGCCGCCCGCUGCCUGCCUUGCAUGGGCUGCUCACCCAAAGCACUCCUCUAGGUGGAAGGCUGGAUAUCAGGAGAGCCCUGGGGAAUCAGGCCAGUGGCCCGUCUGGUCCAGUUCUCCCAGUGGCCAACCACCUGUGGAGGGCAGAGCAGAGCCAUCCUGGCUGGUGGAAAUCAAUAGCCCUUUUCCUCCAUGAAUUUGUUCAGUCUUGUUUCAAAUAGGUUGCCUUCAGCCUGGUGCCAAGCAACUCAAGGAUUUCUGGCCGUGCAACAGAACUUUUUCUCCCUCUGCCCCCCACUCCCUCCCAAGUACCCCCUAAACCUGUUCUUCGAUUUCCCCUAGCUCUCCGGAGCAGAUUUGGGAAGUGGGGAAAGGAGGGAAGUCCUUUUGUGCUAACAGUAAUCCUUGUGCUGGCAGGAUGCGGGAGCAGAAUAUCACCCAGGGCUGCAGUGCAAACUUUGCUUCCAGAGGAUCCCCAGUAUCUCCACUUGAAAGGGGUCUCUGGUGGGUAGCAGGCCUGAGCACAACCUCAGCUGGGAAACUGGAGAGAGAAAGUGCUGUCAAGAGGAGGCAGUGCUAGGCAAGGUCAACCAAAGAUGUGGCGUCAUGAAUCCAUGUCUGGCCUCCUGGAUGGUAAAGGGGUGGUGGUGUUGUUGUUUAGUCGUUUAGUCGUGUCCGCCUCUUCGUGACCCCCUGGACCAGAGCACGCCAGGCCCUCCUGUCUUCCACUGCCUCCCGCAGUUCGGUCAAACUCAUGCUGGUCUCUUUGAAAACACUAUCCAACCAUCUCGUCCUCUGUCGUCCCCUUCUCCUUGUGCCCUCCAUCUUUCCCAACAUCAGGGUCUUUUCCAGGGAGUCUUCUCUUCUCAGGUAAAGGAGUAGAAUCAUAGAAUUGUAGAGUUGGAAGGGAUCCCAUGGGUUCUCUAGUCCAGCCCCCUGCAAUGCAGGAAUCUCAGCUAAAGCUACUGGUCUACACUUCCCCCUAACACCCUUCCUGCCCCCUUCGCGUUGCCUAUUAAGAACCAGGCCUGACUGGACCCCAGGUGCACAGCCAGGUUGGGCCAGAAGCAGCAGAAAGAAGCAGCACGUUGGUGACCCUCAUGAAUGGGAAAGUGUGUUGGGGGAACUAAUCUCCAAGUCCUCUUCCAGUCGAACCCCAGCCUCUUUCAGGGAUGAAAGCUGGCCUCCUCCCUGGCUCAGCACCUGCAUUUGAGCCCAGCAUCCGGCUGCCUGGGUUUAUCCUGGCACCCGCCUUCAAGGAGAUGCUCUUGCGCAGCAUUCAUGGAUUUCAGUGGACCUUCCUUGCAGGAAACGAGUGCCCAAGCUCUGCUCGUGCCUCUUCUGCGCCCAGCAUCUUUGCAGCAGAAACUGAAGCAUCUCGGCCGGCCGGCUUUAUUUUUAGCUGGAUUUCCAAGUGUGUUUUCUGUUCCUAAAUGACUUGGAAUGCGAUGGGACGCAGCCAGCCCAUCCACGGAGGCAUUUGGCUCUCAGGGACCCGACUUCCUUGCCCUGUGCAGCCGGCCUCUGCAUAGCAGGACUUCCACGGAUCCUGGCUCAGGAGAAGCCUGCAGGGUUACAGUGCGGCCUGGUUUUAUUUUUGUAGCCAUCCAAGCCCCGGGAUCAUCAGCCUGCCACUGUCCUCUUCCGCAGCCAUGCCAGAAUCAGGGUGGAAGACGAUGACCCGCCUCUCUUGCUUAUUUAAAAGAGCCUGGCGGGUCAGACUUCGCCUCCAAGCCAGAUUCUGAAUUGGCCCAGUUCCCGCGGACCACGCUCAGAAGCAAAAUGCCCUGCCUAGUCCUGAUCCCGGAACAGGUGGCAGCAACUCCAGAGCUUCUAAGUUUUCUUAUUGAUUGUGUUUUAAUCAUCAUUCUUGAUUUCAUGUUAAACCAUCUGAGGGGUCCCCGGAGACAUAAAUUGACUAAAGGACAUAAGUAAAUUUGUAGUUGAGCACACAAGAAGAGGACAUAAGAGGAGCAGCUGGAUCCGGCCCUGUGGCCCUUCUACUUAACUACACAUCCAUGAAGAAGAAAUUUCAUUUCCCUGCACUGAAUACUCCAGCAUUCAACUCCAUUGGAAGUCCACAAGUCCUAGCGUUACAAGCAAGGGGGGAAAGCCUUUUCGCUGCCCGCUUUCACGUCGCCUCUUCCUCGCGACAUGCGGGACCUGCUGCUGCAGUCACUCUGCACAUGACUGGACUUUGGGGUCCUGCUCAUUUCCUGUGAAAACGCGAUGAUCAGCGGACAGGACUGGGAGCGGCUGUUGGCUCCAAGGCCUCUCUGUAUUCAGACUGACAGUGUGAGGGGAGAAGAAGACGGUUUGGCAUGGAAGUGGCCCCUGUGUUGAGCUGCCCGUUGGAAUACCUCUGCUGGAUCUCCCUUGCACUUGCUUCCCUGGGGCUUGAAACACAGCUUAGAACUCUCCCUACCCAGAGGAGGCAAACUGCAGCUGCCACCCAGGACAAGGGAUUUGGAGCACCAUUAAGGAUAAAAAAAGAUAAAGGACCCCUGACAGUUAAGUCCAGUCGCAAAGGACUCUGGGGUUGCGGCGCUCAUCUCGCUUUACUGGCCAAGGGAGCCAACGUUUGUCUGCAGACAGUUUUUCAUGUGGCCAGCAUGACUAAGCCGCUUCUGGCGAAACCAGAGCAGUGCACAGAAAUGCUGUUUACCUUCCUGCUGGAGCUGUACCUAUUUAUCUACUUGCACUGGCGUGCUUUCGAACUGCUAGGAUGGCAGGAGCUGGGACUGAGCAACGGGAGCUCACCCUGUCGCAGGGAUUCAAACCACCAACCUUCCUAUCGGCAAGCCCAAGAGACUCAGUGGUUUAUGCUACAGCACCACCCGCGUCCAGGGUGCAAGACCAGGAAAGUAGACCAGCCUCCUUCAGCUUGGAGCCUCCAGGUGUUUGGCACUCCAAGUCUCAUCAGCCCUGUCUGGGGCUGAUGGCAGUUGUGGUCCAAACCCCUGGGGGGCAACAGCUUGGCUAGGGGAGGCCCAUCUUGGGCGCGAACUGCAAGGAAGCCACGUCGCACACAAGUCCCAUACCAGGGAAUACGGUGGUGCAAAUUCCAUCCGCCUCAGAGAAAUUCCCCGUGGAUCGUGCCCUGUGUUGGUAAACUUCAGGUCUCUGAAAUUGGAAUCCGCAGGGCCAGCCCUGUCCCCUCCCCCCCAAAAGGCCAGCUGAUUAGAAAUGUAUGCGCAGACGCACUCUGCCCCCCAGGAGGAAUUCUCCAGCUGGAGCAGCUUUUCCUCUGGCGUUGGGGGAAGUAUGAUUCCGUAAUGGAAUUUCUUUUCCAGCUCCCAUCUGAUGGCAAAGGAGUUGAGUUUAUUUGGCCCGCUGUCAGGAGCUGAGGUCACCCGCUGGCACUGACUCUGCAGGACCUUUUUUGCAGGCAGAGUCGUCUCUCCAAAACGAAGCCCCCCGUUCUGAAAUGAGAGAGGCCCCUCUCACCUCUCCCUGCUACCUUGGGCCACUCAUGCGGCGAUCUCCUGCUGGCGGUGGCAGCCUCCAGGUGCCCAGUUGGCCACCUCUUUGCCCGGCUUCUGCUGCCCGCUGGGAAUCCCUGCUGACAUGAAGCUUUUCUCUGCGCUAGGAGUCUGUGGAGCUCCAUCCCAGCUGCUGUUCUUCGUGGGCAGACACAUGGCACCCCUGCCCUUCCAUUCCUGAAAUGCCUCUCUUGGUUUGCAGAAGGUUUCCAUUGCCUCCUUCAUCAGGCAGAAUUUCUAAAUGUCUGCAGGGCUCCGCAUGGUGGCCAGGUAGAUAUCCCAAUCCCUAAACUGGGCAGGACAUGGGGGCCGUGUCCCUCAUCCCCUGCUUGCCCACAAACCCCUUUGGAGACUUUAAAAACGGUGGCUGGUAGAUUUUGACAGGUCUCUCUUCUGCGUGGUCACCUAAGCCUCCUUUCUUAAAAAGUAAAAAUACAAUACAAUCACAUCUUAUGUGUACCUAAUAUGCAUGAUUUCAACCAUACGCAGAUGAAGGCAAGCCGGCUGAAACUGUUCAAGUUAAAUCUAAGCAAAUUGGAGAGCUUAAAAUCUCUUUUUGCACCAGGUCUGCGUGGGGUUACCCAGCACCUAAAGUGCCUUCAAGCUCUCUGCCUUGCUUGCUGGGCAAGGCCUGCUUAGCACACAGCCUCUGGGACUAUAGGGGAUUCUUCCUGUCUCCCUCUCACCCAGCAAUGUGUGGUUUUCCUGUAUUUGCAGAACCCUUAGCAGUGAACCUCUGCAUCGCAUGCAGUUGUGCUGCCCUGGUUUCUGUAAGCUUGCCUGGGAGCCUUUUGGGCUAAGUGGCAGAGCGGCAGUGCCACAAAGCAGAUCUUGCCAGCUUCCUCUGGGCAGUGGCAGCCGCCUCAGGGUGUCGGGGUGGAGCUUUGCGGGGGCUGAGCUAUGCUGUUGUGUGUCCCACUAUUUUGCUGCGCGUGACACGACUCCAAGAAACCCUUGGAAGGAAGUUUAAUUUAGCCCCACUCUGCACGCGCUGUUCCUCUCCUGCCACUGGCAGCCCAGGGAUUCCCCACAUGGGGGGCCACAGCGUGGCUCCUGAGACCACACCUGUGACUGCAGGGCCAGCGUGGGUCUGGGGGCACAGCAGGAGUGGAGUUUCACUCCGAACACCUCCGUGUCUUGCCUGUGGGUCCCAACUGGCUGCAGGGAGUCCACGUGGAGUUUUGCAAACAGGUUUGUGUCCCAGGUCUCUGCCUCUCAGGUGUGGGGGCUGUUUAUUUGGCUGGGAUUCCAGGCUCCAUCCUGCCCUCAUUCCCGGAGUUCCCUCUGAGCGGCUGCAUCCUUCUGGUCAGUUUCCUCGUCUGCUUGCCUGGAGAGCUGGAAGGGGGUUCAUCUGGCUGUGGUUUGGCUGCCUCAUCCUGCAGUAGCCUUUUGGCUGCACCUUGGGCCUUUUCCUGGGUCUGUGCUCUGGUGCUGAGUCCCACCCUUCCGUUCCUGACUCUCCAGGGAGCCUCUGCUGCUGCUUUGCUGUUGAAAACCCCCCUGGGGAUGUGAGUGGUAUUUAAAUCUGUCUAAGCCAAGCACAGACCCUCUUCGUUGCGAACCUUGAAUCUCAGGAGGCAUGUGGGUGAAAAACCUGCAGCAGACCUUGGUUGGCAGAAAAGGAAAAUGAGGUUUUUCUGCCUUGUGUUUCUGCCUCUUGCAAGAGAAACCCCACGAGGAGGUUUUCCGUUGUUUUCCUUCCUCCUUUCCCCAUCUGGGGCCGGAACCUUCGGGGAGUGCUUUGCCGUAACAACCGCAGGCUGCGUUUCGUUUCGGGAUCUGCAGGGCUGCUGCCCACACCUUUCCCUGGAGGAGAUUAAGUCCCUGCUGCUCUUGGUGGCAAAGAGGAAGGUCUCUGCCAUCAAGGAAUGUUGACCUCUGGUCCGUCAGCAUCUUUCCCCCAAUAUCUGCAGCAGGGUGUGUGUUGGAAAAGGGGUGCGAAAACAGGAGGUGGGAACUCCCCUCUGCGGCCACCUUCAUGCCCGUAUCCAUAUUUGUGGUGGUCUUUCUCUGCUUGUCAGUGAAAUCUUGAAUGCGUUUCUGUAAAUUUACAGGCAUGCUUGUAGGAAGUGGUGAUGAGGGAAACAAAGGAGACAGGCUUGGAGUUUCAUCCUGCAGUCAAAAUCUUGCUACUGCUGCUGCAACAACAACCCCCCCCCCCCCCCCCCCCCCCCCGCUUUUGUUUUUCCUCCUUGGGGCACAAGACAGCAGUCCUCACGAUUCAGCCGCAGCAUCCCAAUACUGGGAAAGCCCAGUGUCCCAGAGGCCCCUGGAACAGAAUAUCUGCCAAAGUGGGCAAGGCUAAGAGCUUUGGCCCGUUCCUUCCUUGGUCGCCCAGAGCCACAUGGGGCAGAACACCAGGAGAUUUGACCCUUGCAGCAGGCACCUCUGCCCCUCUGGGCAGGAAGGCUGUGCAACCCAGGAGGAAUCCCAGGCUGAGGGUACAGUGGUACCUCGGGAUGCGAACGGGAUCCGUUCUGGAGCCCCGUUUGCAUCCUGAAUGGAACGUAAGACGCGACGGCGCAUCUCCACAUGCGCGGCUCAUGUUUUGCCACUUCCGCGCAUGCAUGUGAUGUCAUUUUGAGCGUCUGCGCAUGCGCGAGCGGCAAAACCUGAAAGUAACGCACUCCGUUACUUCCGGGUUGCCGCGGAGCGCAACCUGAAAGCGCUCAACCUGAAGCACAUUCAACUCGAGGUAUGACUGUAUACUAAAUAGGGAACACAAAGACACAAAGCUGACAGCUAGAACAAGCGAGGGCCCCUGCAGUGUAGGCCAGAGAGCCAUGUCUCUGGCGUGCGCCUGACGUGCCCAGGUGGGCAGAGGCAGCCUUCCCCAACGACUCCCGCCAGCCCCAGCCAAGAGACUCUGUUGCUCCUCUGAACUGCCAGGCAACUCAGGGGCAGAAGGGAGUCCAGGGCUCUCCUGUGGGAUAAGCAGCCCUUCAUCCGUCUAUCGCUGGGAGACCCUCAUCAGUGCAGGCUGGCAAGCCGCAAACGAGGGGCUGCAGGAGACCCCAGCCUUUGAAGACGGCAGCCGCAGGAAAACUCCACCAUCAACUCCUGAUUUGACCUUGAGGAUCCUCUAGGUACCAGAGUCCCUGCUGUGGAUUCCCUGCCCUGAAGUGCUGCCUGUGCUGGCAUGUGGCUUGUGAUGGAGCAGGAUCUGGUUGAUCACUAAAUCCUGAUCAAACUCCUCUCAGAGGCCAGUUUAGGGUGGCUGAAAGGAGACCCAAAGGUCUCCGUUUGGGUCUUAGGAGAGGCAGUGGCGUGGGGGGAGCUGCUGCAAAACCCACCCCGGCCCAGAGAGACCCCCUGGCAUCCCUUGAGCGAAGCUCUGUCGAAACCAACUUCCCCCAACUUACUUUUGUGGGCAUUGGCAGGCACCCUCCGCUCCGGUGACGACACAGUUUCCAUAGUAGCAAAUGUGGUUCAAAGGUAGGGGGCUGUUUCUUUAAGAAAAGAAUGUAAAAGAGGAUAAAGACCAGAUGAAACAACAGCACAAGCUGAAGGAGAGAGGAUGUGUUGGGCCUGUAAAACGUUAAUGGGGUAAUUAUGGCAUUAGUCACAAGCAUUGAGGCCUCCACAGCCAUGAGCCCUUCCGGCCCUCUGUGUCACACGGUGUGCAGCUCAGCGCAUAGAGAGGGGGACGCAGUCAAAGUGCUACCGCCACAUGUCAAAUUAGGCACGGCACCGAGACGGAAAGGGAGCGCUCCCCUCUGGCUCCUGGGGCCGCCUGGCCGAGGCCAGCAUGGGGCAGUGGAUCAAGUUUGAGACCAGGACCUGGGAGACUGGGGUUCGAAUCCCCACCCUCCCCUCUGGGCGAACCUCAAAGGGUUGUGGGGGGGUGAAAUGGGGGGGGAGAGCACAAACUGGAGCUCUUUGGAGGGAAAACGAGGUGUAAAUGUAGAGGUGGAGGCACUGGGGUUCUGGGAGGCUUGGGUCACGGUCCAAAGGGUGGCAGGAGCAGAAGAAAGCCCCACAACUUUAUAGAAUCCUAGAAUCCUAGCCUUGGAAGGGACCCUAAGAGUGCUGGGCUGAAUGAGGCCCUCCGGUCUCUAGGGCUUCUCCUAGGAGGAAUAAGGCAGUCAGGCAGCUGUCCCGCCUUUUGGAUUAUUAAGUCUCCACCGUCUGGUUCCAUUGUUUCUGCACCUUCAUGGCAAUGGUGCCAUCCUGCCCAGAUUGUUACUCUUUUGUGUCCCUUAUUGGACCAGCGUGGAGACAACAGUGCCGGCCAGUUUAUUGAAGUAUCCGGGCCCCAGACAUCCCCCUGGACCUCAUGCCUUCCCCAACCUUGUGCCUUCUGGAUGUUGUGGACAAGCCUUGGCCGGGGCUGGUUGGGGUUGCCGUCCUUCAGAACAUAAGAGCCUGCUGGAUCCGGCCAGCAUCCUGUUCUCUGGGAAACCUGCGAGCCAGAACCAGAGCACCAGAGCAGCCUUUUCCCCUUGAAAUAUACUCAAGAGUCGCAAAGUGAUUUCAUGCUCUUUAUUCAGCUCAUAGUGGUGAGGAGGAAUGGAAUUCCCCUCAAAGUAUCUGCUUUAUAUACAUUAUUUACACAAUGGGCUGCACAUGAUUGGCUAAUUCCGGACUUCUCCUGUAGGCCAAUCAGGUUGUGGAUUCACUUCUAUCUGGAGCAUGAUUGGGUGGCUCCUGCCAACCAAUCAUACUGCUGCAUUGUUCUAGGACCAAUCAGACUGCUGCAUUCUGGAUCCUAUUGUUCUAGGACCAAUCAGACUGCUGCAGUUUGGAUCCUAUUCAACUCAGUACAUAACACCCCUCAUGUGGGUUCCAUCCUGGCUCUUGUAGCCUUUGAGAGCCCUCUCCUUCUCCAUGAAUUUGUCUCUUCCUCUUUCAGAGCCAUCCAAAUUGGGGACCAUCCCUGCCUCCUGUGGGAGAGAGUUCCAUAGAUUAACGCUGUGCUGCAGGAAGGACUGUAUUCCACCUGCCCUCAGUCUCCCAACAUCCACCUUCCUUGGGGGUCCAUGAGUUCCAGCGUUACAUGAGAGAGAGAGCACUUUCCUCUGUUGCUUCCUUCUUGCCAGGCAUAAUUUCCCGAGCUGCCCUUUUCUGCAGAUCAUCCGAAGGGCACCAGGCCUGUGACUUUUCUAGAGCCUCCCACCCUGUGCUUUUCCACUCCAGCCCAAGAUUUCCUUCUCUGACACCUGUUCCAUGUGGGCCACCAGCUCCGCACCCACAUCUCCCCAGGGAUGCCCUGUGGGCUCUUGUCUUCGCAUCACUGAACACCCGCUGCAAAUGCGCUGAAUUUAAGGCCGGGCUUUGGGGAAAAAGAGCCGUCUCCUGCACUUCAUUCCUUAAAAUCUUGGUAUUUUGCUCUCCAAGAAUUCAACUUACACUAUUUUUGUUACUUGCUUUCAUUUAUUAUUUGGGCUGCCCCAUAACUAAAGGUUACCUGGUGGCCUUAGAGUGGGAAUAAAAAGGUUUACAACAGGAGCCCCAACCAUAAAACGCUUAAAAAAUCAUGAUCCAGCAUAAAACUUGAGGAACAGGAAAUACUACAAGCUUUAAACUAGGAACACGUUUUGCAGACAAGUUGGUUUGAUGCCACCAGGGAAUGUGGCUUUUGGGGGCGAUUUGAUUUAGAAUCAUAGAAUUGUAGAGCUGGAAGGGAACUCCAAGGGUCCUCUAGUCCAACCCCCUGCAAUGCAGGAAUCUCAGCUAAAGCACCCCUUGCAUGUCCUUUUGCCUAAGCUAAGAGUUUGACAUUCCUGAGGUUGGCGCCCGCCUUCUGCUUUUGGAAGAGCUGUUCAGAAGGAGAUAGCGGACUCAACGGGUCUCCAUCUCUUGUUUCAGGCUCAGGCCGCAGGGUCUCCUCCGACCUCCCCCGGCCACGGGACGGGGCGCUCCAUGCCCAUGCCAGUCCGGUCCACCUCCGCCGGCUCCACCCCAACUCACGUGCCCCAAGAUUCCCUGGCGGGCGUCGGAGGAGACGUCCAGGAAGCGUUUGCACAAGGUGAGUGUUUUGAGAACCCCGCGGCACUUGAUAGCUGUGUGGGUGCAAUUUUGCGCCUUUGUAUAUAGUGCGCAGACAAAUUCGUUUCAUGGGUUUGGGCCCAGUUCGCCCAUCAGUUAAGGUCUUCUUGAAUCCCAGUUCUGCAGCGAUAGCUACCCCUCCCAUUUGUCCUCCGCAAAUUUGGGUGUUGGGUGCUCGCCUGCCAAAUGCACACGCAGAAAAAUAGGACCUAAACAGCCACUUUGCAAUCUCAAGCCCCACUAGAGAAGCCCCCUCAGUGCUAAGAGGAAUUUUGGGUGAGUUGUCAGUUAACCUUACAUAUAUGCCUACCUACGCAUAACAGGGGGGAAUGUGUUAAACACGUUACCUUCUGUUAGUAAUUGCAUGAUGUAACUUCUUUCAAUUUUUCCCAUUUGUAUUUUGGAAAUCAAAAGUUUUAAAGAAACAACAACUUCCCGUGCCUUUCCUUCCUGGGAACCUAAUGUAUUUUUUAAAAUAAAUGUGUAAGAUCUUGAGUCUGAGAAGCACUGCUGGUCCUUGCAUCCUAAAGGGGCUUCUCCGAUGCCUCCCCCUCAAACCCUCCCACCCCCUCAUUGAGCAUCACAAAGACAGCCAGUGUGGUGUCUGGUUAGAGCAGGGGUCAGCAAACAUUUUCAGCAGGGGGCCGGUCCACUGUCCCUCAGACCGUGUGGGGGGCCAGAGUAUAUUUUGAAGGGGGGGGGGAAUGAACGAAUUCCUAUGCCCCACAGAUAACCCAGAGAUGCAUUUUAAAUAAAAGGACACAUUCUACUCAUGUAAAAACACGCUGAUUCCCAGACCAUCCGCGGGCCUGAUUUAGAAGGCGAUUGGGCCGGAUCUGGCCCCCGGGCCUUAGGUUGCCUACCCAUGGGUUAGAAUGCUGGGACUCCAGAACUGGGAGAGACCAGGGUUCGAAUCCCCACUUGGCCACAAAGCUCACUGACGUGGCCUUGGGCUGGUCACUGCCUCUCAGCCUAAGCUGUUUUGUGGGGGUUCUAUGAGGAAGAAGAGAACCACAUCUACCACCUUGAGCUCUGUGGAGGAAAAGAGGGGAUAUAAAUAAAUCGAGAGCCUGAAUAGCUACGGCUAGAGGUAGGAUCCCCCUGGCACCGUGGGUGGACGCUUGCAGGGGAGCCUCACUUUGUGGGUGCAGACUGUUCCCCUCAAGGAUUUAUUGGGAAGCAGGCCAUCACAUUGAAAGGCCAACCGUCUCUCAGGGCAGGGGGCAUUUCCAGUCCAGACUCUCAGACUCCACAUCAUGGGCAAGGCAGAGGGGCUCCUGUGCGGCUCCUCACAUUCCUUACCGCCUCCGUUUCUUCCCCAGGGACCCGGCGAAACCUCCGUAACGAUUUGCUGGUAGCAGCCGAUUCAAUCACGAACACAAUGUCAUCGUUGGUAAAGGAGCUUCAUUCAGGUAAGUGGGAGAGUGAGGGGCAGGGGGCAGGAGCCAAGCCAGCGGGAUGGGCCAGCGUCCUCUGGCCGAGGUGUCAUCAGAGCAAUCUGCCCCAAGGCUUUGUUGACCAGGACCACUUGGCGCAAGAAGCCCACCUUCCUCUAUUCCUUCCAUAUUCCUCUAUGCCACAGGAGCGGCAAGGAUCCUAAUUGCUAAAAACUGGAAAAAAAGAAAUUGUGCCAACAAAAAAGAAAUGGCAAGACAAACUGUUAGAGUAUAUUGAACUGGCUAGAUUAACAGAGGCAAUUAGAGUUCACACUAGACAAGAGUUUCAAAACGCAUGGGGAAAAUGCAGAGAAUACUUCACAAAACAGUGCCCUAAAAUACAUACCUGGACUUGUUUUGAUUAAUGUCUGCAGGAGACUUUGUGGAUAUUUAAGUUAUAAUUAGAAAAAUCUUAAUAAUCUUAAUAAUUAUUCAUAAAGGAAAUAAGCUUAUAAGAAGUAAAUAAGGAGGCCAGGUACAGGAUAAAGGAAGUCUUUUAUUUGGUUGUUUGUAUUGUUGUAUGUUAUGCUUAUUGUAUGUUAUGUUCACGUUUAAUGGGGGUGGAUUUCUGUAUUGGGGGUGGGGGGGUUAUGUUAUGUUGUAAAUAAAAUUUCCAAUACAAAAUUAAAAAAUAAAGAAGCCCACCUGCGGAAGAGCUUCAUCUUCCUCAAGAGCAAGGUUGCACAGUGACUGCAAGCAGAUCCUUCCGGUUUGGAAUGCCCUGUUGGGGAACUGGGGGUGGACUACGUGACCCCCUGGGGUCCCUCUUCAGUUCUCUAGUUUUGAGUUCCACUGAAACGAGCCCCGUAUUCUCCAGCUGCCAAACAGCUAAUAGCCAAGAAUCACCUGUGACCCUCAGGCAGCCACUUUCUGCAUUGCAACAGGUAUAUGGGAAGGGAGGCCUCUGGUCCAUCUGCCUCCGUCCAGCUUUCCCUGCAGACUGACCGGCUGGUGGGUUUGGGGCCUGAGGGGUGGAGAACGUGAUGCCUCUGCGCUGCUUGUGGGGAACAAAACCGGGGAGAGACAACUUACUUGCAAUGGAGGCAGUUAACUAGUGCUACACCAAAUUUUUGCAGGGGAAAUUGCUGUUAAGUGGGGGGCAAAGAUAGUUAUGGAAAAGCCACUACUUUUUGCUCAAUUUUCCAUACCUGUUCACAGCCCUGAUCCUCCCCAGCCAGCCGCUUCUUUGACCUACCUACCUUCCUUCCUUCCUUCCUUCCUUCCUGCCCCUCCAGUGAGUAAUGCCAUCCAGCUGAGGACUGUGGAGCUAAACUAAUUAGUUUGGUGGCCAGUUGGGUGGUUCUGACUACCUGACAGUGUCCCUAAGGGCAGAUGAAGCCUUUCCGUGGCCCUCACUAAAGAUGAGGGAGGCGAGGGAAGAGGGAGCCCAGGUCAGGCUGAGCUGGAAGUUUCAUUUGCCCACAAGGACUGGCAGGCAAAGGUCCAUCCCAGACCAGCUCUUGAUUGCGCGUGAUUGUGCAGGCCUCAUUGUGUGUGGCUGCCAAGACUUUCCUGGAUUUAAGAGAAAUCCUCUGCUGUCAGAAUGGAGAAGCAAGUUGCGUGGAUGUGCUGGGGAAACUCUUCUGAGCAGGUUGGAAGGGUGUUGGGCUAGAUUAAGUUCAGGCGGGUUAAAUCUCUUCUGGUCAGGGGGGGCCACUAGGGGGCGCAUUGGAAGAUGGCCGACAGUACCAUCUCUCCGACCCACACGGGGUAAUUAAGAGGCUGUUAUGGGAGUAGGCAGCCUCCCUUGUUGCCCCAAGGAAAUGGGGAACACUGCCCUUGCCUGCUGUGCCCAUAAAUCACCCCCUAAUUCGAAAGAAGGGGGUGAGGGCCCUAGGCAGAAUGCCCCCGUGUGGACCUCUGCUCUCCUGGACGCUGUCUCUGAUCGCGCACUAGUUGCAGCAAUUUGGAAUAAUUAAUUACAAAAGAAGCAAAUGCACAUAUUUCAAGUGAAGAAGGAGAGUGAAGUCUGCUAAUUUAAGUGACCUCUGCGAAAGAAGACGACGGGCUGGAGAAACAGGAAUAUUUUACGAUGAAGAUACACCAAAGGCGGGGUAUGUUGACAACGGGGCUGAAUGGGGGGGAAAACCUUUUUUACUUUCCUUCUAUGUGAUUUACAAGAACCCCUCCUCAUUAGAACCGUCGGUUGAACUGACCCAAGCAGGAUGAUUAAGGUCUGUGUGGAGAUAAACUUUAACCAAAAGUAUGCUUUAUGGAGACCGAGAAGCAAUAAGAGCUUUUGGGAAUGGCGCAGCAAUUAAUUCGGAGUCGCCAUCUUGCCAAAGGAUUUACAACCAGGAGGAAGAACGGAUUUGUUUUCAGACUGAAUUCCUAGUGAAUCUCCUCAGAGGUUUUGAGAAAGGAGGCAGAUUGGUGAAGAUUAAUGACACUAAGACUGUUUUGAUGUAUGGAAGUGAUGUUAUAUGGAAAACGUCUGGAUAUGGCUACUGGAUAAAAAAAUAAAAUCCACGCAGGAUUACAAACUGUUCUAACCAGCUUGCGGAGACUAUCAGAGGUCACAAAGAGAAAGGAAAAUAAAUGAAAAUAACAACAAGAGAUGUGGAAAAAUAAUAAGAAAGGACUGGAUAGUACUGUGAACAUCAUAAGGUUAGAUUUGUGGACAUUAAAACAGCAGUAAGAAGCAAGAAGUUGAUUGGAUCCCUUCGGAACUUGAAAUAUGGGUACCCCCAACAAAAAUUUAAAAUUCGGCUGUGUAAUUUGGAAUUUAUGUAAUUUGGUUUGAUUUGAUGUGAUUGGUCGGUUAAUAAAAAAUUAUUCUUAUAAAAAAAAAAUCUCUUUUGGUCAUACAUCCAAGAGUAUCUUAUCUACCUGAUGAGCUUUAGGGGGGAGGUUGGAUGUCUGUGGAGCCCCUCCCAGUUCUGAUUCAUAGACGCACAGAGCUGUGGAGUUGGAAGGGACCCUGAGGGUCAUCUAGUCCAACCCCCUACAGUGCUAGAAUCUCAGCGAAAGAAUCACCCAACCUCUGCUUAGAAACCUCCAAGGAAGGAGAGUCCACCACCUUCUGAAGUUCUCUUCCAUUCCUUGCAUUCCCAGAGAGCAGCUUGAGGCCUCCUGGUCCUUCUGGAGCGCAGCUUAACAGGGGGAAGGGCUGCAAGCCCACCCCCUGCCUUCCCUGUGGCCUCUCUGGGCCUGGAAGGAGGCCUUCCUACGUGAGGAAAAUGCCCAGGCCUGUGGCAAAGGUGGCCUCUGGGCCAGUGAUGAGUGCUCUGCUCCCGAGUCGUUUGCUGGAGCAGUCUUCUCUGGGGCGCUUGGUGCCUUUGGGCUGAACCAGAGGCUGCCGGCGUCGGCUCUGGCAAGAUGGAGCCCUGUGUCUUCCGUCAGGGUGGGGGCUUAGCAAAGCUGCCUCCUUCCUUCCCUCCCUUCCUCGCUCUGGGAAAAGGCAGCCUCUUGGGCAAUAACAUUCGGCAACAAAGCAGGGCUUGUUCUGCCGGCGGCUGUUGCGCUGAGCUCUUGGGCUGUGCAGGGAGAUGACAGAUGAAACAGACUGCAGGCUCCCACUUUGAUAAGAUGCAGGCCAGGGGACCCUGGAAGGAGCUCAUUUGCGUAAAUCCAUGGAAACAGCUGGAGUUGGGAGCCCGUCCGCAGCAACCUCUGCCAGAAGGAGUCUGGUUGGAGCCUGGCUUCCAUGCCCAGGCAGGCAGGGCCUUGGGCUGCAGCUUCCUGCCCCCUGGGAAGAGGCGUGGUGCCCUGGUGGGAAUCAGCGCGGGGUGGGCCAGGGCACCUUGAUUCCAACAAGGAAGCAGGUGGGGGCCCCGGCUGCGUCCUCUGGACCCCCCCCCCGGAGCGAGGCUGCCUGCCAUCUUGCCUCUGGGGUGCUGGAAGCAGAUCCCCAAAGGAAGGCCUGUUGGUGGGCCAGCUUCUGGGCUGCCAAGCACAGCUGGAGGGUACAGGGGAAAGUAGAUCUUCCCCAGCGCUUCCCCCCAGCCCCGUCCUCCUUGGGGGUCCAGGCAUGCAGAUUCCACUCCCCCCACCCUGGUCCCAGACUUGUUGCUCCUUUUCACCUUGUUAUGUACUGAGUUGAAUAGGAUCCAAACUGCAGCAGUCUGAUUGGUCCUAGAACAAUAGGAUUCAGAAUGCAGCAGUCUGAUUGGUCCUAGAACAAUGCAGCAGUAUGAUUGGUUGGCAGGAACCACCCAAUCCUGCUCCAGAUAGAAGUGAAUCCACAACCUGAUUGGCUUACAGUAGAAUUCCGGAAUUAGCCAAUCAUGGGCAGCCCAUUGUGUAAAUAAUGUAUAUAAAGCAGAUACUGUGAGGGAACAUCCAUUCAGUCCUCCUCACCACUAUGAGCUGAAUAAAGAGCCUGAAAUCACUUUGCGACUCUGAGUAUAUUUCAACCUACUGGGACAGUUUCGUCUUUUGCCUUCCUGUCUUUUUCUGCUCAUGCCCCUCACCACCCUACCCCCCCCCCCAGUCUGCUUCCUGGGUGCCUGAGGGAACACACACAGCAACACACUCAUAGAAUCAUAGAAUCAUAGAGUUGGAAGAGACCCCAAGGGCCAUCGAGUCCAACCCCCUGCCAAGCAGGAAACACCAUCAGAGCACUCCUGACAUAUGGUUGUCAAGCCUCUGCUUAAAGACCUCCAAAGAAGGAGACUCCACCACACUCCUUGGCAGCAAAUUCCACUGUCGAACAGCUCUUACUGUCAGGAAGUUCUUCCUAAUGUUGAGGUGGAAUCUUCUUUCUUGUAGUUUGGAUCCAUUGCUCCGUGUCCGCUUCUCUGGAGCAGCAGAAAACAACCUUUCUCCCUCCUCUAUGUGACAUCCUUUUAUAUAUUGGAACAUGGCUAUCAUAUCACCCCUUAACCUCCUCUUCUCCAGGCUAAACAUGCCCAGCUCCCUUAGCCGUUCCUCAUAAGGCAUCGUUUCCAGGCCUUUGACCAUUUUGGUUGCCCUCCUCUGGACACGUUCCAGUUUGUCAGUGUCCUUCUUGAACUGUGGUGCCCAGAACUGGACACAGUACUCCAGGUGAGGUCUGACCAGAGCAGAAUACAGUGGCACUAUUACUUCCCUUGAUCUAGAUGCUAUACUCCUAUUGAUGCAGCCCAGAAUUGCAUUGGCUUUUUUAGCUGCCGCGUCACACUGUUGGCUCAUGUCAAGUUUGUGGUCAACCAAGACUCCUAGAUCCUUUUCACAUGUACUGCUCUCAAGCCAGGUGUCACCCAUCUUGUAUUUGUGCCUCUCAUUUUUUUGCCCAAGUGCAAUACUUUACAUUUCUCCCUGUUAAAAUUCAUCUUGUUUGUUUUUGCCCAGUUCUCUAAUCUGUCAAGGUCGUUUUGAAGUGUGAUCCUGUCCUCUGGGGUGUUAGCCACCCCUCCCAGUUUGGUGUCAUCUGCACAUUUGAUCAGGAUGCUCUUGACUCCCUCGCUGGUCCUUUAGGAAACGGACUGAGACACUGCAUGCCUUUUAUAGGGGGGACUUGGCCUAUUUAAUGUGGACAUUUCCUCUUUUGCAAUCGUGCUUCCUUGAUGCUGACCACCCUGAGCAGCCCUGGGGAGGGCUGUGGGUGCUUGGAUCUCCUGCCAGAGUAGCCCCCCCCCAUCCUCUCUCACCUUUCCUCCUGGGAGAAUGUUUUGAUGUCCUUGCUUGACGUCUGAGCUCCAGUUCUUAUCAUCUUGGGCCCCACACCCGUGACCCAACGACUUGGGAGCAAGGAGUCCGCCCCAUAAGAAGGACUCCCCCUCCUCCGGUCCCCUGGAAGGGGCAGCAGACUCACUCUUGCCCACGGCCCUGGCAGCCUGGCCUGUGGACCCCUCCCUGGAGACUCUCCCUUUGGCCCAAACCCUCACUGCUGGUUCUUUGUUUUGUUUUCAAAGGUGAGGAAGGAGGUGAGGAGGAGGAGGAAGACAAGAUCCAGAACGGGAAGGACCGAGGUAAGAUCAGGGGAGGAGGGAAAUCCCCUGGCCUGUUGGUGGGGCAGGCUGAGGCGGUUGGGUAAUGCCACCUUUGCACGACGGGUGCAGCAGGAAAAAGUCUCCAUUGGUGCAGAACGCCCAAGCGCAGCUCUUCACAAGCCACGGGGCAGGAUGACGGGCCUUCUUAUGUUUCCAAUGGGUGGCAGCUGCAACAAGCUCCCUGUGCCCUCUGAGCACCCACCCCACCUCACCCCGUUAGAUGGUGGGGCAGAGCAAGGUUUGUGUUAGCGCCCCCCAGGGGUGGGAUGCAGAAGCAGAAGCUUCACGGCACCAUCUCCUGCCCCCUGGUCUCUUUCUUCCUCCAGGUCUUUGCGGAGGGAGGGGGCUGCCCAGUUCUUCCCAACUGCAGUACGGUCACAUUCGACAGCAGGGAGGGGUUGAUUCCAAGGGUUCCCCACGUACACAAAAGCAUGUGCCCUCUGCUCCCGGUUAAAGUCUCUUUUUGUGCCCCAAGCAGCCCCAGCACAAACAGAGCGUUGAAGUUCCCUGCCUUGCUUGUGGAAUUCCAACCAGCCUGCCUCCAGCCGCCUAUGGCUGAAAUUAAAUGGGCGUAAGAGUUAAGUGGGCGUAAGAGUUAAGUGCAAUCGUAUUGUCCUUAGUUUGCCUAUCUGGUUGAUUUUGGAGGUCCGCGUUGUCUUCCCAUCAGAUGUGAAGGAGAUAAAUUAACUAGACAACUUUUAAAAGACACCUGAAGACAGCCCCGUACCGGGGAGUUUUUAAUGUGUGAUGUUUUAUUAUGUUUUCCUAUGUGUUGGAAGCCUCCCAGAGUGGCUGGGGAAACCCAGAUGGCCAGGGUAUAAAUAAAUAAAAUGACUUUUGUUGUUAUUAUUAUUCAUAAUUCUUUAAAAAUGCUUUUGGACAUAAACCACAGCAGGUGCUUUCUUCAAAGGCAUGGUAUAGACCUUUCAAGAUAAAUACAUAAAACCUUGCCUGGGUGGGGUUUUGCGGCUGCUGCCACCAUUGCAGUUUGUUCCUGGCUUUCUCAGCCGGCCCUUUGUCUUGUCCCGCAGGUUAA